CGCCGACGCGGCAGCAGCAUCGGGCAGCGCGCGGCAGUGUGUUUGCGAACUCGGUCAGCUGCGGUCGACACGUCUCGACGACAACGACGACAUGCGCUGUCCGCGGCGAUAAUCACCGUUUAACCGUAAUAAUAAUAUUAUUAUCCGCGAGCAUAGACAACGAAAAAAAAAAAAUCGUCGACACCAAAGUCCGGUAGUUCGUACGUUUACGCGGUUCGUCAAAAUAGAAAAACUCAUUUUUCGCGCAGCCCCGUACAGCCCGAAUCCGGACGUUUCAACGCUCGUCAAUUACAAUACCGAAAAUAAUAAACGCGCGUUUAUUUAUUUUCAUCGGAGUUUGACCGGCGGUUUUAUCGAGUCCGGGGUCUCCAGGACACGCCGACCGGCAAUAAUUAUUAAUUUAUAACAUUGUUUUUCGAGACCCGCGCGUUGUUAUCGUGCACACGGUUUUCCCCGGUAUUAUAAAUAUUUUUUUUUUCCUCCCUAUCCCUACCCUCCCAUCCUACCGAACAACGUGCAUUCGUGGACAGAACACGCAUCCCGCCCAUCCGAACGUCGCCGCAACGUCCGCAAAGUCCGCAAAGUCCGCGGCGCGCAACUAUGUUGAUAUACCCGACGGCGGGCAGCGGGGCGACCAUCACCAGCCGUAAUAUGAACGCGUCGGGCGGCGGUCAAAAGGGCGCGCGGGCCGCGGCCAAAGGCGCGGUGCAGCGCAAAGCCGAAGCCAUCAAGACCAAGCAGAGCGGCAAGCAGACGGUGCUGUGGAAGCACACGGACGUCGAACAGGGAGUGGUGAUGGUGGACGAGAAACAGCUUAUGCGACUGGUCAAAACGGAACCCAUCGAAAACUAUUACCGGCUGGACAGCGAACCAUUCGCAAAGUAAGUGACGUUUAGCAACACAGCACCUAAUACGUGUCUUUGGUACCGGAAGGGGGCGGGGGGAGAAAGAACGGCUUAAGUCAAUUUGCAGCGUUAUUUCUUUUUUUCUCGGGAAUUCCGGUUUACGUAUAACCAUAGGCGUAGGAUGCGAGGGUUCUAAAGGGGCUAAACUGCACUUGUACUGUACAUUUUUGCAAAAAAAAAAAAAAGAAUAUCCAGUUAUUCUUUAAGUCCAAUUUUCAGGAAAUCUGUAAGAAAUGUUGAGAGGGUUAGAGGAUAUUUCGUGUUUUAUAGCCUCCUUAGCUCCCCCGUAUUCUAUGCCUAUGCGUAUAGUAAUUUUUUUCCCCUAUUUUUUCAAUCCAAAUGAUGGUAUUCGUAUACCUGUUUAUAUUCCAUGUCCGGAGACUGGAACCGAGCCGAAAAGAUCCUGUUCUGGAACCCGAAAACCCUUAAAAUAAUGAGAACUGAGAUCAGAUUUAUAUAUGUUUGAAUAACCGGAACCCAUAUUUUUUUUUCGUUUUAUACAAAUUUAUUUAUUUAUUUACUGUAACUUUUUUUCUUCUAAUAAUUGCUAGGUAAAAUGAAAAUGAAAAUUUGUAUUACAGUCACGUAAUUUUAUGACUUAAGCCAUUUAGAACGCUUGCAUUUACGUUAGGUCGUUGUUUAUUAAUAAUUUAGCCGCUUAGAAUUAAUUAAUUUAAUAUGCUAUUAUGUCAUUUAGCAAUUUUCAAAAUUUGAUUUGCUUAUACCUAUUGAAACCCGUAUAUGAUUUACUUAAGCCCUUCCUCUCCGGGACUAAAAGUUAAAAUAUUUGAAGUCAUUAUUAGCAUCGGUUAGUUGGAAAUCGGACGGGCUUGAAAAAUUGUAUCGUUUAACGUGAGCGAUCCGGGUUUGUCAUAUCGCGCGAUAUAUAAUAAUAUGAUAAAACUUCUGGUUUCGCCUUCGAAAUAUAAGGCUGGGCGUUAACGAGUUAAAAGUUAGGUACGUUAAAAUUUAACUUGCAUUAGCUAUUGAUCAAUAAAAAAUUAAUUUUGAAAUAUAUCAUGUUAUUAUAUAUUAUUGAUUUUAAUUUCAAGUAUUAACGCAUUAUAUUAGUUCUACUACCGUAAAAUUAAUCGAAUUUUUUAUAUUUAUCAACGCGAAUUAUCCUGAUUUUUUUUUUGUUUUUGGUGGGAUGGGGGUUGCUGAAUUUGCAUUCUACUUGAUAACGUAACCGCUAUGAUUAAUAUUGAUCACUCUUAUUAUCGAUAAAUCACAAUCUCUAUAAUCAAUCAUUUUCACAGUGGAAAUAUAACGAUUUCCUAAAAAAACAAUUAACGCUUUUCGCUAAAACGAUUUAUAGUUAUAAUUAUAAUAAUAUGUAUUCAACAGAAUUGUAUUGAUGAAGUAUCGACUCACCCUAUAGGUACGUUUUAUUAUAAAAUUGCUCACAUACAAUAACAUAAUAUUGUGUUAUAUAUUGUUUUCUUCUUUUUUUUUUAUUAGUUUCCUCGUUAUUUACAAUGUGAUACACGUUCGAGCGCGUUAUUUUCAUCAAUAUUAAUGUAUUUGAAUGAUUUUUAUAGUUUAAUUGAUUUCGUUUUAAAAAAUGAUAAUAACGAAUGCAGGCUUGCGAUUUUUUUUAUUAAUAUAUUCGUAUAAUGUCAAAUACACAAUGCGCGAGCAUUAAAUAUGUACGAAAGAAAAGCGUAUUACCUAUUGUAGAAACUUGAUUUAUUUUUAUUUGGCCGGUAUGCUAUGUCUAAACGCGUGUACGUAUGGCUCAGCCGGUCUUCGAGUAUUUUUUUUAUUAUUAUUAUUAUUAUUAUUAUUAUUAGUUGUCUACAACUAUAAUGAUACAUAAAAUACACGAUACAUAUAAUCUAUGUUUCCUGCAACCUAUUGGUAAACAUUUUUUGAUAAUAAUAUUAUGUUCACCAAGAAUUUUUAUCGCGAUAUUUCAUUAAACGUCGUCGUUGACAUUUUUCGUUAAAGAACUUUUCGCACGCCCAAAAAGCGGAACUUGAAGAGAGAGAAAAAUAGAGGAAAAUGUUAGAAAAUAAUGAAAGUUGAGAAGAAAAGUAAAAUUAAAAUAAUAUUUAAAAUUAACAGAAAAUGAUAUUCAGUCACGGAUACAUCAGUUGCAAAAUUACGUAACUAAGAAUUUAGAGGAGAAUAUUUUUGUGGGCACCGCGGUGGUGCUUUAUUUCUAAAAUAUUGCCAAGCAAAAAAGCUACCGCUACUUUAAAAACAGAAAAACCAAAAAUAAAACUUACAUGGUAACAUAGUUUUAAUUUAGAUUUUGAGCAGAACGAGGAAUGCAUUGGUUUUACAAUGAUGUUUAUAUUUUUUUUUUUAUGCGAACACUUUUUCUACUAGAAAACUUAUUCCGAUUAUCAAUUAUAGUACCUUUUCUGAAAGGAAAUGUACACGGGUGAUACUUUAAAGAGACCAUUUUUUGAAAUUCUCAUUAAUAUUCCAGAUAAUAAGAAAAACCACAGUCUUUAGGUUAAAAAAGAUUGAAAGAUUAAAAUUAAGGUUGACAUCGGCAACCGUUUUUAUUUAUUUUUUGUUCUUAAGUUUUCAUUAUUUUAAUCUUUUCUAAACAAUCGUUGUUUUCAUGGAAACGCACAUUGUUGUAAUUAUUUUACCAUAAUAUGGCAUAUAUAUUGUUGGAAAAGCAACACUAUAAACUGAAUUUUACUCAGAAUCGUUUUUUCGUUAGCAAUGGUUACAGAUGUACAUUCAAUUUCCUCUCUAUUACCUUUCCAACUUCUCACUUACAACAGUGACUGUGCCCACGUGCGAAGUAUGUCCGUAUUUUUUUAUUUGACAAUAUUUUUAAAAAAUAAAUAACAACAUGCACAGUACCCUCGAAAAUAUUCUCCUUUUUAAAUUUUGUAACUUGUGCCUAAAAUUUAAUUUUUACCCAAACGCCGCGAUUUAAAUUCCAAGUUAUAUAUCACGUCCUCUUAAAAUAUUAUUUAUACGGUUAAUCAUUUUUGUUCAGUUGAAGGCUGAAAUACUUGUUUACUUUAUUUUCAACGUUUUAGUUUAAUAACGAAAUGUAUAUAAGGUGUAAUUAUGUAUUAAAACUAGACUAUAACGAUUAAAUGCAUUAUAAACUAUUUUUUUUUUUUUAAGUCAAAAUACAUAAAUUUGACGUUAUAAUUUUUUUUAAUCAAUUACUAAUUUUAUUUAAUGAAUAUUUAAAAGCUUGACAUACUUCGCACUACGGGUAGGCACCGUUAUAGGGAAGAAGUAUAAACGGUAGGCAUACAAUUUAUGGUAAUUCGGUUUAUAUGUUUACUGAAAGCAUAAAACAAUUCUGAACGGAGCUUAGUAAACCGAUAAGGUUAUAGUGUUCUUCUCCAUAUUGUAAUCGAGGCAACUCAAAAAGUGACUUAAAUAAAACCGUUGUAUCGACGAUAUUAAUAUUGUCAUCGGUCUCAUUAAAUUUUUUUGAAAAUCUGUUGGGAAUCUAUGAAAACGUGUGUACAAACAAUGAAAUAAAGUACCCGAUUGAAAAAUCCGCAUCACUCAAAAGGUACUGCGUGGAUAAAUUGCAGUACUUUUACUGACCGAAAAAGCGUUUUCCGAGAGAGAAAAAAAAAUAACAGUUUAGUAAAACUACAAUAGCUUCUUAGCUAUUACUCUCGGAAUAUAAAAUGGAAUCGAUUAUAUAAACGUGGAAAAAAUAUAGGUAGGUACACGAAAUCACGAAUCCCUCGAAUAAGAGUACAUGGUUUUAUUGAAGUUUCAUUCCACUUUUCGAUAUUGUGACAUUCACGAUAAUAUAUGAUGUACCUAUCUAUUACCAUCACAAUGAGUACGACUAUGUGUAUACCCAUGCUAUCAUUACUGUUGCGCGUUCAUAAACUACAUACAGAUCGCACGCAGUACUUAUUAUUGUUAUUACUAUUUUUUUUUUUUUUAUCGGACGAGAGAAUAAUAAUGGAUUUGAAUAAUACAUAAUAUAAUAUUUUAACGAACACGAUCGAAUAUAUUAGACACUUUCGGUUUUCCUUGGAUAUAAUAUUAUUAUUUUGACCCAUACUACUUUACCAUUAUUAAAUAAUAACGUUUAUAUGUAUUAUAAUUCACGUUCGUAAUUGGAUACACGUACGGUAAUUAAACAUUUUAAAUUAUGAUAAUUAUAGCUUAUUAACAAGACUCUAAUCAUAUAUUAUGUAGCGUGUAAUAGUUUUUGUGUUCCGAAACUUCAAAGUUGUUUUGUUUUUAAAUAAGAAUGUACCUAUAUAAUUAUAAAAAAAAAAUAUGUAUUAUGCAUAUGUAUAACGUACCUAUAUUCGUUUCGAUAUGAUUAUUAACGUAUUGUUAAGAAUAAUAACCAGCGCUCGGAUUUUAUAGCACUGAAAAUAACUGUAUUAUGCGCUACAAUAUGUCUUAACAAAUCUUAAAACACGCGCUAUAAGGUAUCUUAAAAGGUUUAGAAUAAUCUAUAGUAUGCCUUAAAAACAUGAAAAAUGGUUAAAAAUAAAAAAUGUUUUAAAAAUAAUAUAUAAAUACAACCGAAAAAAGUUAUAAAUGUUAACUGUUCGAUGAGUCAAUAAGUAUAUAGGACUACUUAAAAAUAAAUUAUAAUAUGAAAUGAGAGUGUAGGUAUUUUUCUUAUAGAUUCGCAUAAAUGAAAGAGUUUCUACUUUUUAUGAAAAAUACAAAAUAAAUCAUUAUAUUAUGUAUGUUAGAAAAAAAUAGCACCAAAAAUUUGAAAACAGCACUAAAAAUCUAAAAUACCUCAAAGAUGUAAACAAAAUCAUUAUAAAAUUUCAUAUUUGAAGUCCCUGGCGUAUAAAACAAAUGUGAAGCUCACUCUGUUAUUUUUAUCUGUAUCAAAUAAUAAUUAGCAAAUGCUAUAAAAUCCGAGACCCGAUAAUAACAAUUUAUAAGUCGUACCUAUAUGUACCUAACAUGUAAUUGAAUUAAAAUAAUUAGAUGUAAUUAACUUGGAUUUCGCUCUUGAAUAAAAUAUUUACACGAAUGUCGCACACCCAUUAUAGGCAUAGGGUACCUAAUAUUCUAAUAUCUGAAAGGAGCGACCAGGAAAUCGAGCGCGUUGCUCCUGGUUUUUUCAGUUAAUAGCGUAUACAUUUCAAAAUCGUUUUCGUCAAUGUUCGAGGAGGAAAAAAUCCGUAUUUUUUUUUUACUGAUAGUUUUUUUUCACUCUCGUAUAUAUUAUCACAGUUUGACUAAUUGAUUAUUGAAGAUAUGGGAUUCGCGAAUACGGUUUUUUUCUUAUGGUUUUUUUUUUUUUUUUAUAUAUAUAUACAAGGAUAUAAUAUUAUUGUACAGUACGUAUUGUCGAGUAUCGGUUUAGCGAGAUGUUACGGUAUCGAUGACAUCGUGGCUCUCGCCGAUCAGGAUUUUUUUGUCUCGUGCCACAAAUACCGGCUAUAGGGAUUCACCCUGAUAAUGACGACAAUGGUAAUAAUUACCUAUCGACAAUUCCGCGACGAUCGGUCGUACAUUUUAUGUACAAAGCGACAUCCCAAACUUGGAAUUAUACUCGAGUACCUAUAUAAUGCAGCCUGCGGCAGUUAUGUACAUUUUAUUUGCUCGUGCGGACGACAAAUCGAUCUACUUGGUCGUGUUUCGGCUGAUGACGUCUAGACGAGUAUGUCGCAUGCAUAUUUUCUUUUCUAUUUCAUUUUCUUCGUUAUUCUCUUAAGCGCAAUACAUUUAUUAUUAUCUUUAUAAUUCAUUCUCUUUUGACGAACUUGAACUCAACGGUUCCCAAACUUUUUUCGCGGCGGUGCCCUUCCGUGAGUACCGCGAGGAUAUACAUAAAACAAAUGUUGGUUCUCUUCCGCUACCUUCUUUUAAUCGCUUCUUACGAUAAGCAGGAGUUACGGUGGAUCUAUUAACCCCGGAGCCACGUGGGAUACGAUCUCUAUGAUAUAAUAUCGAAAAGCACGAAUUAAGAUUGUACGUGUAUGAUAUUACGGUUGUGAAAAGUUCAAAAAUCUAAUGACACUUUUUUUGUUACUAUGGCGUAAAACCAAAUUGACCCAUAAAUAACCUAAUUAAUAGCAAAGAGACAAAUUAUGGAGAUGAACAUUCUUAGAUAACAUAAAAUGUAAAACCAUAUUCACAUCUCAUACGGGUACAUCACAUACCCAUUUAUAUAUUGACAAAGAGAGAGAGAAUACUACAGUGAAAGAGAAAAGAAACAAACUAAAAUUCAAACAUUAUUAUAAAAAUGCAGCGUACAGUUUAACUCUUAUCAUAUGCCAAACAGGUAUUGUCUAUCUCUUUCUAACAGUGUUGGUGCUACUGUGUUAGACAACCUAUGGCAGGGUAUGGUAGGGGACACGCUAUUAAUUUGAUUAUAUUACUUAUAUUAUGUCUACUCGAAAAAUAAACUGCAAUCUACACUCUACAGUGCAAUCGUUUAUCAAGGAUUUUAAUUGUAUACCAAAUUAUAUCUACAUCGACGAAACGUCCGGUUCGUAUUGUAUUUUUAUAUUGUAAUCGAGAAUUUAUCGAUUCCGUCGCAUUAGGUAUGAGCUGUGAAAAUACCGAAAAUGACAAUCUCUCGUUCGGUGUCCUGUAAAUGAUAAUAUCCGAGACAAAAUGAGAUGUAAUAAUUGUAGAAUCGUAGGAUUCGUCCUCCAAUUUCAUAUAAAUAGUUUGAUUCAUCUGUCUGUCUGUAUCUUUUCGAAGAUUGUACAUAAAACUUUUUUCUAAAGAAUAGAAUUUUGUUAUAUCGAGCGUAAAUGAAACGGAGACAACACACAUGUGGGUACUACAUUCUCUUAACCAACAAAAUUUUAAUGUACUCACGUCCUACAUAUUUAUAAUUUAUUAUUUGUAAUUAUUACGACGGAAAUUACCCAUUUGCGCCAAAAAAAAAAAAAAGGUACUUUUUUCCGACCGCCCGUUUGCGCCAAAUUAACCUGCGUAUAUUACACGAGUUAUUUUUAUUUUAUUUAUCUAUAAAUUAUUUUGUUACAUUUUUUUUCUUUAAUAAUGCUAAAUAAAUACAGAUUUUUAUUAAAAAAACGUUAUCAAAUGAUAGUCAAAUUAACAUAAUGGUACAUUUUUAUUAUUAUUUUUAUCACUUAAAUAAAUACGCAGUAUAUAAAUUUUAAAAUUACAAAUACAUUUUUACAAUAAUUGUCAAUAAAUACACAAAUUGUUUUUAAAUAAAUAGUAAUAUUCAAGACUUCACAUUUUUUUUAAAAAAAAGUAAUUUAAAAAAUCAUUUUAGGAUAAUGGGGACGGGUGUAACCUCUGUAAUGGGUAAUUUAAUGUACCUAUUUUCGUUAGCAACGAUUAACCGUUGCUAACGAAAAAACGAUUCUAAACGGAGUUUAAUUGAUAGUGUUGCUUUGAAAUUAGCAUCAUUGUAAAACCAUGAGCUUCUUCGCUCCACUCAGAAUCUAAAAUAACUUUUGUGUAAUAUACGUAAUCGUGUGCAAUUUACGCAGGUAAAUUUGGCGCGAAUGGGCAGUCGAAAAAAAAGUACCUUUUUUUAUUUUGGCACAAAUGAACUGUACCCAAAACGAUUAUUUUUGGCACAAAUGGGCGAUGCCCAUUACGGCUGUAAUGCAGCGUUGUACCCUGUUUCCUAAAUUGUGAAUUCACAUCAAGAGUGUAUUGGUCGUCGCAGUCAACUUUUAUUAGAUGUCACGAUUUGACUUUCAAUGAAUUAUCGUCGGCUGAUCUAUCAUUUAUAUUUUAAUUUAUCUACAAUUCAUUAAGCAAUUUUUGUAUGUAAUUUUGAUUGUUUCAAUGUUAACAAUAAAAUAAAAUUUUGAUGAAAACGUUGGGUUUCGUUAUAAUUCGUAUAUACACAAUUACCUUCAUAGACAUUUGCAGUAUUUGGUUUUAGACAUUUUAAACAUUUAAAUGACCGCUAUAAACCGUAUAUAUAACUUAUUUACCUAUCUACAUAACCGUUGUAUAACGGGCGUACAACUAUAUCCAGGUAUCGAAGGUACAAUGUCGAAGUCGGUAAAACGAACUCCGCGAUUCCCAGUGUGACCUUUUAUUGAAAAAAAACGCCACGGAGGAUUCAAUACACACGGGCGUUCGAAACGAAAUACGCGCAUUUACCUUGGGAAAGAUGGGGAUGGCAGGGUGCCGAUGCGGCGUGGCGAUGGUAAUAAAGGAAGUACGAAGAAUGGAAAAAAAAAUUUAAAAAAACCCCAGUAGCAAUGUCACAGUGUCUGCUACGCGUAUAAUAUAAUUACUAUUAUCGCCGGAAUAGAAAAAUAAUCACGAUGUGACGGCGGCGGUGAUAAUUUUUAGUUCCUGAAAAACGCUAUUAAGGAUAUGUCCUUGCACGAUUGAAAAACCGAUUCGCCUCGUCCGUUGUAUACGUGUGUUAUACAAUGUGACCGCGAGAGACGACAAUAAAAUAUAAUAUUACAAUAACCGAUAUCGGCGAAAACGAAAUGAGGGCACAACAUCCUAUUGAAUAAUAUAUUAUAAUAAACACUGGAUAAUGAUAAUAAAUAAUUAUUGUUAUCAUCAUGAACACGUGAAAUAUGAAUAAUAAAACUAUCGGCAACGCACGACGGCGAUAUUGUAACGACAACGUCCGUUUAGGCGACGGUGCGAUACCCUCGAGCAGACGCGUGUGCGGAAACCACGACAUAAUAUACUAACCUAGACGAGGGUCUAAAAAAUACGAAAGAAGACCGCCGGAGGACGAGGGGAGGGUCACGUAUAUUAUUAUCAUUAUAAAAUACCGUCAUGGUAGUUAUAAUAUUGUUUGUCCUUAUUAGCUUUCAAUGACACAUACCCGACCGUCGCGUUACGGUAUAAAUAUCUAAAGGAUGAUCCGACUAGCUGGGAAAUAUCUUCGGAAUUGCUCGAUAAUUGCGAUUCGGGGGAAUCCGCAUGUCGUCACCACCACGAUCGUUAAUCGUAAUUAUAAAUUUUUUUAUUAUUAUUAUUAUUAUUUACGUUUUUUACGUCAUAUUUCGUAUACCUGCGGAUAAACGUAGACACGUCGUCGCCGCGGCCGAUCGCCGAUUCUAUAUUUUUCGCGCAGGCAAAUAUUACACAGUAUAAAAUAUUGUCAGCUAUCCAGCAAAACCUUACGGGGCUUAAAUGCUGACCAUUUUUGGUACAUUUUUAACUGUGCCGCGGUUUUUCGCUUUUUCCAUAAAAUUUAUUUAAUUUGACUUACGAGGUUUCGCCGGGUAACCGGCAGUUUAUUACGAGUAUAUAGGUAGGUAUUGUUCGGUGAUGAAAAUGACGAGUGGCUAUAAAAAAAAAAAAAUCGCAAAUGUAUCAACCGACCGUAUUAAAUUUAAGCUGAUAUUCAUUGGGUGGACAGGUGAUACUGGUUAUCAACUUGUACAUAUCUUAUCUUUUUUUUUUUUUUGAAUAAGAACCUGUUACAUUCUUAACGUCUUCAUAAUCAAGUUACAAUAAUAUUUACAGUUUUAUUAUUCUUUUAAUAAACACAUAUAAUAUUAAUUUUAAUUGUUCCCUAAUCACGUCAUUUACUUUUUCUUUUAAAGUUGUAGACUAUUAUGUUGUGUUUUUAGUAAAACUAUCGAGACUAAUUUCUUUACAUACUCCAAUCUGCUUAUUUCACUGUUUUCAAAAUAUUAAGUCACAAUUGAAUUUAUAAAUUAUUCUCUUUUGACGAUUUCUCGGCGUCAAUUAAUUAAAUUAGAACUUCGCAUUUUCACUUAAAUUCGAAUUUUUUUUUUUUGGUUCAAAUCAUUAAUAAACAAAAAAAUAUUUGAACACGGCUGAAUGUGAAUAUUUAGUUUUAAUUUGAUCAUGAUCGAUAUUUCGGACAAAUCCACUUGGUAUGUGGAAUGCAAUUUGGACACUUAUUUUUUAUAUAUAUUAUAUUUGUUUUUGUUUAGCAUUUAAUUCGCAUUCAACCUGUUAGGCUUGUGAAUUUUCAAAUUUCUUUUGAUGUAAAAUACGAUUUAGACAACAAUUUUAUGUAAAAAAAACUAUGUUGGAAGCAUACGCUGUAUGAUAGUUGAAUACGAAAAACAAAAGUCCAAAACAUAUAUUAUUACAAUAAUCAAAACAUUUAUGCUAAGAAUAAACAACAAAACAAGGGCGUAUACAAAAUAAAUAAUAAUAAAUAUAAAGAAUAUAAGAAUAUUUAUAAUCUUUUAAAUGUCAUACUGCAUAUCGUGUCACUAGAUUUUAUUUCAAUGUGUAAUAUACUUAUUAACUAUUAGGUUAUAACUUUUUAUUUGUUUUAGAGUUUUUCGAUAACGCAGUUACUAAUACACUUCAACGGAUCCAUUUCCGUGCCCUCCUCCCCCAAAUUGGAAUUUUGAUAUUCUACCCAGGGUAAUCGUUUGUGUAUCGUUUGUAUACAAUAUCCGGUUUGUUGUGUCCGAUUAGUUUUAGAGUUAUUCAACAAACAAAAUGAGGAGGGGGACACAGAAACCAUCAUAAGAAUGACUAGAGUAAGAAUAAUUUUAUGUACCAAUCAUUAUAAUAAUAUUGGGGGAAAAAGCGUUCGGUAAAACACACUCGAUAACGUGUCUGUACAACUGUGUUGGUCGAUUAAUCCACAUAUAUUGUGAUUAGUUAGGACAAUUUAAAAGUAGUCCGUGUCGAUUGACUCCUGUUUGUCUUACAUUUGUUUUACAAUGACAUUGGGUAUACCCUUGUGUCGCUGAAAUACUAUUUAUAGUGGUUUAUAGUUCCUGAAGUGAUAUUGAUUUUUCUGUGUGACCUGCUGAUUCUAAAACAGCAAUUAGAACUAGUCAUUUUGCUUUACAAGGUUUUAUUUCCGAUCUCUUGUACGUGUGUUUUAGAUAUCCACUUUCAGUGACUACAAUUUAUAAAAAAAUAUUUAAUUAAUCUAUGCUAUCGCUAUGUGUUUGAAUACGAAUCCAAUCAAUGAAAUCCAUUUUUAUUUAGAUUUUUUUUAGAUCCAUUGAAUAUCAAACGUAUACUGUACUAAGAAUUAUGAAAUACUAACGAAUUGUGUUUUCGAUAACAACACUUUUAAUAAAACAAAAUAUAUACUACGUGCGUAUUGCACAUGAGCUUCAUUUGGGGUAGAAGAGUAUGCAUUUUCCCAACCCUAGGUUUUAAAGUAGCUUUGGGCCGAUUGGCGGGGUCCAUAUAUGGGCUGCAGGUCAAAUGGCUUAACUCUAGAGCCGCUACGGGUCGUGAUACAACGUACAAAAUAAUACGAUUAUGAGUCGAAAAUGAUCUAUCAUUAAUCUGUAUUAUAUACGAUAAGAAAAAUAUAUUGUUUACACCAUGGAUACGACAGACAUGGAUAGUAUUCUAAAUAUUUUUAAAAUACUUUUUAUCAGUAGUAUUUAAUACUGUAUUCUGAAUAUUUUUAAAAAUUAUUUUAUUCUUUAAAAAAAAAAAUAAUUUUUGUCACUUAUUUUAGAAUAUUUUUCUUUUUGCGAGAAAAUGUUCAAACGAUUUCAUAUUAUAUUAGUGUUAUUUGACGGCACAAAUCGUUAUCAAACUAAAUUUGUUCCGUUUUAUCGAACGCUAUUUUUCCCAAUAUUAUUAUAAUAAUUGGUACGGUUAUUGACACAUACAAUUUGUCAUUCUUAUGAUGGUUUCUGUGCCCCUCCUCCAAAUGGUUUCUUGAAUAAAACCAAAACUAACCGUGCACAAACAACCGGAUAUCGUGCACAUUUGUACGCAAACGAUGCACAAAUGAUCGCCCUAGGUAGAAUAUGAAAAUUCCAAUUUGGGGGUUGGGGGCCACGUAAAUAGACCCCACUUCAACGCUAUUGUAAUAUUAUACGAUUUUGAUUUUUUUUCCGAUUGCUUUUGAUCUCGCGUGAUUACUUAAACGCGCAUAAAUAAAUCAACACCUUAUGAUCUUACGGUCUCGACGCGUUGAUAUUGUUUUAGUAAAUAAAAUAAUAUCGUUAAAAUGAUAUACCGAUGUUUGAUGUUACGUAUUAUACAGGACGUGCAAAUCAAUUGUGGCAAUCAUACCGGGUGUACACUCAAUAAUACAUCGUAUCGCUCGUCGUACCGGUGUGCGUAUAUCACUGUAAUAUUAUUAUUAGGAACGGGCACUGCGCACGUUACUGUGCUACACGCGUUAAUGUCGCGGUGCAGAGGAAAAAUCGAGAAAAUCGUUUUUCUUUUUCUUUAAGCGUCUCCGCGACCGUGAACCGGUUCUGUCAUGUGUGUGCACUCUGUGUAAACUCGUAACAAUCGUAGGUAAAAACAGACGCACUACCGGAGCGAAUUUUCUCCGGUCACGGGAAAAUCUCGCCGGGAUCGUACAUUCGUACCGCCGCCGCCGCCGCCGCUGCGGUACAGCGGUUGAAAAUCGAUCCGGCGAAAGAUUUACGACCGCGCACCGAACGUACACCGAAUACCGACGUGUUGUGUUUUUUAUUACGUUGCCCCGGAAUGUCCGCGCUUACACGGCGGCGACGAUGACAUUGAUAUGAUUAUCGAUUAUAUAUUAUUGUCGGCGAGUGUCGGUUUUUUUUUUUUUUUCAAUUUUUCUUCGCGCCCGGACCGUGAUGAGAGAUUCGUUAACGCCUGCAACAGGACGCCGACUAACGACCCGCCGACACCAGUCGUCUCGACUGCCACACUCUGUGUGCAUGUACCUAUAAUAUAAUACAGUGAUAAUAUAUUAUUGUAAUUAGUAUUUUUUCGACCGACCGCGAGUCCGAGGUGUACAUUUUAUAAUUAACGCGAACCGGUAAUGGUGCAAACGCGGAUACCGUUAUCUCGUAUACCAUUAGUUUCACGACCGCGGUAACCGCGCGUGGUUACGACGAAUCGGCGAUCCGGCGAAUUACUAUAAAAUACUAUACGUUACUUACCGUAUCAAACAUUACGGUGUUAUUAUUGUGGAAUACGUAUUGACAAAAAUUAAAAUUGUAAUAAACGUUAUAAUAUUUUGUUUGAAGUUUGAAUAAAAUGAAGAAAUAAUAUUAUAAUUCGAUGCGUUUGUGGAAUUAGUACUUGUCCAAACAAUAAUAUUUUCCGACUUACACAUUUGGCAAUCAAUCGAAGAGAAUAUCAUUGUUAAUUUUAACAACGCAAUACGUUUUCACUGCUCGGUCGUAUUGGUUUUCAUGUCGUCUGAAAUUUGGCACUACGCUUGUAGCACACAUCGUACGUAAUUCAAAACACGUCUAACCAGUUAAAUUAUCUGGCAAUAGUCAAACGUUAUUUCCCCGCUGUGUGUACACCGAAUGGUCGGAUUAAGAUCGACAUUUAUCAAACAGGAGAAUAAUUGGAUUUCUGCCGAAAAGAUAUCUAUCUAAUAUCUGCAGGGUAACUCGUGGCUGUGCUCCGGGGUAUUAAAAAUACAAAUCGCCUACUCGUUAGUUCUGCCGACUUUUCGGCGACUCCUUUUUGCACAGCCCGUGCGAAAACGUCUAGAUUUUAUUUAUUAUAUUUGUCCGUCUACAAUAAUAAUAUUUCCGACAGACUAGGGCGUGACCCGGUAAUCCCCGGGCGAACGGAAUCAAAUUUAUAAGACGUCGUCGAUACGAGGAUGACGGUGGGCGACGUCCGCAGGACCUCGCUCGCGAGAUAUCUCGAUGCAACCAAAUACGUACAAAUUCAAUUAUGAUUUUUUUUUUUUUUUAUGUAAUGCUCAUUCAAAUAUACCUUGCGACAAUGCGAAUAAUAUUUUCAACACGUUGGCGAUUAUAAAUAAUAAUAUUGUAUUAUUUCCUACGAUGUCCCAUGCGUAACCUGUAAAACCGGACGUUGCUCAUAUGUAAAAUAUGACUGCGGCGUCUCGCUUUCAGACCUAUGGGCUUAGAAAUGUCAUAUCGAAGAAAAUAUCGAUACCAUUCAAGUAAGGUAUAGAAAAUCGUAAAAAAAAAAAGUUCCUAAACUAUUCUGAUCACAGGAAAUACAAAUUACAACAAAGAAAAUAUUGAAAAGUUACAAUUCAUAUUGAAAAUGUAAUUCAAAAAAAUACGGACAUACUUCGCACGUGGAUGGGCCACUGUUGUAGAUGAGAAAUUGGGAAGAUAGUGGGGAAAUUUAAUGCAUAUCUGUAAGCAACUAUAGACCAUUGCUAACGAAAAAACGAUUCUGAGCGGAGUUCAGAUUAUAGUGUUGCUUUAUCAACAAUAUAUAUGUCAUAUUAUGAUAAAAUAAUUAUAUAGGUCUUAUAUAUUUUUUUAAAUUAUAUUUGUUUGAUAUUGUAUCUAUUUUCUCGUUUUUCCUAAGUUUUUCCCGGUUUUUUCAUUUAUUGGGAAAAAUCCUGAGAAAAUUAAAAAAAGACCUCCCUAAAGUACGUAAUCAGUCCGAUUUACUUUUAGAAAUCGGAGUAAGAUUUCUAGAAGAAAAGUCGUCCACGGAAGAAAAAUAUAUAAAAAAGAUAAAAAAAAGUUGAGCAUGAUUUAUUAAAAUUACAUACCUAUCCGAUUCGAAGAGAAGAGAAUCGAUAUUAUAUAGAAAUAAACAAUCGAAUACUCGACCGUCAACACAAUAUUAUUGUGUAUUAUUGGUAGUAUUAUAUUAGAGCUAUGGUAAAAGGUUGCUCGCGGAGAACCCGUUUAUCGGUCGGGGACGGCGUUUUAAUGGUAUAACACAAUAAAUAAUAAUAUUAUAUUAAGUAUAUGUGACGUGAUGAUGUGUUCUCACACGCCCAUCGUUUUGUUAGGCCACGCGAAGAGGACCUUCGCCGACGCGGGAGUGUCUUUGCCGGAGACAUGUCGAUGUGUCACGAUAUUAUCUCCUCCUCCCCUCCGUGGAUGUGACGAUAAAAUGUUCGUGUAGCACCGUUUUUUUAAAAAAUAUUUAUAUCCUACAUUCGCGAAUAAAACACAAUAUUGAAUCUUUUUUUUAUAGUAUUUUUUGCGAAAAUUUCUUACGAUAAUUGUGGUUUUUUUUUAUCAGUUUUGUUUAUGUUCCUACGUUACCACAGCUGUCGUCGUGGUCUGCGCCCACUUACAAAAUAUCGCAGCACAUAGACGCCCAUUGGGGGGGGAUAAGAGGGGCCCCCAAAAAAAUAUCCAACAAAUAAUAAUGUAUGCUUUGAAUCCAUACAAAUAAAUUUAAAAUAUGUAUUCCAUAUUUUAAUUCUUAUACAGUGAUAUUUGCUAUUGCUAUUUGUAAAGUGUUGUUAUUUAAAAAUAAAUAAUCUAAUUAUCUACUCAAAUAUAUGAUAGUGUAAACUAUAAACCGAAGAAUAUUAUAACGUCUUGAUUUCAGCACUUCACAGGUUUUUCAAAGUUUUCAAUGUUUUAAUGAUUUCAUACUUUUUCGUCUCCAUUCCUUUUCAAGAAAUACCAACUUAGUGUUUAUAUGCUAUAGAUAGGUUUAUUUUGUCCCCCAUCUGAAAAUAACCCUACGUAACAGAUGUUCGAAAAGUGCAAUAAUUUAUUGUUUUAUAUUAAAUUGUAUACCGAUACUGUGGUUACGAGGUGGUGGUGGUGCUAUUUUUUCACACAAACCCGGAGUUUAACUGUAUACAUUAUAUCACUAUAGAGAUUCUUUCGAUUCGCGUUGUGGUUUGAACGAAAACUUUAGAUGUAAAUAACGCCAAGAAAAUAUAAUAUUUUUGGAAAUUAUCUGGACAUCUGGAAAAUGAUGACAUACGCGUUCGGUAAAAACAUCCAGUUUUUACGACUUCUAUUCCCUACUGAAUCGCAACAAAAGAGCAACCUCUUACCUUUUAUUGACCAAAAACCAACGCGGUGUUGCGUUGUGACUAUUUUGACUUAGGUUUAUACUCGGAACACAGACUGUCUUAUUGGAUCAAUGUUUCGGAUUCGAAACAAGCGGCUAAGUUAGGUUUUCACGUUUUAGUUUGGCAUAAUAUCUUCUUCUCCCCUCCCCUUUCCUUCCAUAUUGAUUCGGGAAGAAUGUCCCAAUCCUGUAAACACGCGAGAAACAAAAUAUAAAUAAUAAGGUAAGAUGUGCCAAAAUCUCUUUAAAUAAUACUAUAUUUUAUAGUAUACCUACCUAUAAUGUUGCCGUUACGACAUUAUUAUACGACGAUAAAAAAACACCCCCGUCAUUCGCGAGCUUAUUUUAACUGCAUUUUUAACACGCACGCGCGUAUUAAUUAUAUAGUCCAUUAGUCGCCGCCACGAGGUUUUUUUUUUUUUUUUUUUUUAACAUAAUAUUAUCGUAAACAUCGCUGACCGCCAAAUAAUAUAAAUACGACGCCCACGCGAUCCUCAUGCCUCGCGUGUAUAAUAUUCUCAUUAUUAUUAGGUACUAAUUCCAGGCGGUUAUUUGUCGAAAAAUAACAUACGCGCAUUAUAAUAUAGGUAGGUAUAAUUUAUUUUACAACUCAAUCGUUUCGAUUAGGUAAGUGCCUACAUUACUUAUGUGUUGUGGUCAGACGGAUUAACUUGUCCGCGUUUUUUUCCCCAUAUCAAAAAAUAAAUGAAACGCGCAACUAUUGCCUACUGCGCGGCUCGGUGACGCGCGGCGGCAGUGUGAUGUUUUUUCAUACGAUUAUAGAACGUUAUUUAUUAUUAUUAUUAUUUCAACGCCCGUCGAUAUAAUUUUAAUAUAAUACCCGUAUGUGAAAAACUGAAAACUGUAAAAAAAAAAAAAUAAGUUCAUAUAAAUAUAAAUAUUUAUCUAUAUUUUAAUUUAUGUAUAGUUAGUACCAAUCAUUUUUUUACGAUCAAACGAAUUCGUAUAAACUCAACGGUUAAAUAUUAUUUUUUUUUUUUUUUUAGAUACUUGCAUAUCAUUAUAUAUACAUAUAAUAUAAUAUAUAUAUUAAGAUUAUAUAGUUUCUACGGUUCGAAAAAUAUUCCGCAAUUAUUUAAUACACUCGUUGUUGUACAUCUACACUACUUUUAUAACCUAAUAUAAUAACACAUUUUAAAAUUCGAUUUUUAUAUUAUGUACAAAAACCAGACGCAUUACCCGGAUUUCUUAAAAGGGGGUGUUCAAUUUUAUACUUAAAUAUAACUUGUAGGAGAGAUGGACUUCCCCCAUCUUCCACGGAGUUAUAAAAUCACAUUAAUAAAUCAUCACUUCAAAUAUUUCUAAUUCACAACAAAUAUGAAAUUAAAAAUAAAUGAAGGGCUGAGUGCAAGAAGGGCAUUUUCUAAAAAAAAACGUGUUUUGAGAUAAACGAAAUUAAAAUUUCAAAUGUGUGGCACUCUUUUGGAUCUUCUCACGUGGUUAUAAAUUGUGUGUCUCAUGAAAAUUCGAAUCUUAAAGAAAAUAAUUAUUUCUUUGUUUGUGUCCACUAAAUUUUAAAUAAAAGAGAUAUUUGGACAUGAAAAUGCUCUUCUUGCAUCAAACAGUUAUUUCCUCUUCUAUUUCAAUCAAAAUGAUUAAAGAACUUGAAUUUUAUUAAUUUAUUCACAACUUUUGAAUAAUAUGAACAUAAUAAUAAACUGUCACUUAAUAAACAAAAAUACAAAAAUUAUUAAUGCUAAAUAGUCACGAAGUGUAACACACUGCAACGAAAACACAAGACUACUGAUAAUAAUUUAGAAAUGGCUUUUACCAAACCUAUUAAUCCACAACUAAAAAUAACAAUGUUAUCUAUCAUAAUAUUAUGUUUAAAUCAUUGAAAAAUAAAACGAUAUUAGUUAUAAAUAUAACGUGUAUAGUAUGUGUUUCUAUGCAAGAAAGGCAUUUACUCACAACCACAUAAACGCUUCUAAACACAUAUAGAAUAGAGAUCGCUGAGUUCAAAAAAACAUUUUAAGCAAAAGGGGCAUUUCCGUGAGAUUAUCUUUCUCGCACUCAGCCCCUCAAUUGAAUCCAACUAUACAUUUUGUAAAAAUCGAAAAAUGCAUUAAGUAUAAAAUAUAUUGGCGGCCCUAAUGUGACUGGGGAUGCGAGGGGGAGGGUAACACUCAAAACGUCUCCUGACUAUGAGCCUGACGGAUAAGCUACGUUUUCCAGAGUUUUUUUAAAAAUAAAUCUCGUCGCGAGCAAUUAAAAAAUGGCAUACCGUUAUCGUAAUCCAUAUUAUAUUUUGGGAAAAUAAAACACAAACAUAUUAUAUAAUAUACACACUUUGUUAAAGCUCAUUCAUUUUUAAUUUUAAAAAAAAGACGUGACAUUUUCGCAUAAUGGUUAUACCACUGUUUUAUAGUUAUUUGCGAAAAUGUGUAGCACAAUCUAGUUAAUGUAUUGCAGAAAGCAACGAUAAAUCUGAUUGCAAUCAAACGUAGCUCGAAUUAUUUGUAUUUUUCUUUACUUUGUAUAAAUAUUUUAAUGAUAAGAUUUUUUCCCACACUUUUUCAAUCACUAAAAUUACUCCGAUAUCUGCAGGCCUUUCUUCGAAAAAUGCGGAUUUUUCGUUCGAUGCACAAUGAUACGAAAUGUCCGAAGUUCCCAUUACUUUUUUCAAACAAAAUUAAAUAACUGACAACAAAUGUCGACACAAUAAUAUGUUCUUUUUUUGUUAUUUUCUGUGUUGAUUUGGCAACAAGAGAAGAAAAUACCACUCGAGUAUUACAACCUUAUCAGUUAACCGAUCUCCACUCGGAAUAAUUUUUCAGAUUGUAUUGAAUUAUAACCGUUGCUUUCGAUAAAAAUAAUUAUCGAAAAUCCGGGUAGGCAUAUACGUUCCACACUUCACGAAAAAAGUGGCUUAUAUUCGCUGUUCGCAAAGUAUGUUUAGAUUUUAGUUAAGUCAACAUUAAAAUGUUUAUGUUUAACCGAUGUACGGUCGACCAUAGACUGUUAGCUUAUAAUAUCUAAACAUACAAAUCAUUUCUUUGAACGUCGUCGCGUGUAUUAAAAAGUCGUUUCACGUAUCUGAAUAGGUUUUUUUUUAUUAUUUUUCAAUAAAACUUAUUUAUCCAUUAUACCGUAUGAUGACAUUAAAUUAUUGGCGGCGUAAAAGACACGUUGCGCGCGUUGAAGUUGCCCGAAUAAGUCGUAUAUCGCGUACAAUUUACGCCCGGCGUGGAUAUUCUUCGAUAUUUGCCGUGGGAAUAGAAUUUACAGUAUUUUAUAAGAAAAAAAACAAAACGAAACAAAGUCGGCGAAGAGUAUCUAAUCUUACCGUAUUCAAUUGAAAAAAAAAAAACCGAACGGAACGAAAAGCUGACGGGCACCGAGUAUCGUCCGGUAGUUUCACGGCGGAAUAAAUAGACAGCGGCGAUGUAAAGUUGUUAUAAUAAUAUACUCGUAUAUAGUAAAUACGCGAUGAGACGUGAUGACGAGAUCCUGUCGUCGGCGUGUUUUUCUUGUUGCAAAAUUAAAAUACAUUAUCAUAACAUUAUAAUAUUAUUAUACGCGAACGGCUCGUUACGUCGAGAUUAAAAAGUCGAUUGAAAAAAAAAACAGCCCCUGACAAGGCGGCGGCGGUCCACGGUCGACCGGUCCGCGCGCGUAUCGAUUACAGCCGCGGAGAAAAGGCGGAGUUUUUUGCCGUCGCGGAAACUAAUAAUUACCGCCGUCUCCAUCGUCGAAAUAAUAAAAAAAUAAUAAUAAUACAAUUUAAAAAAAAAAACACGUGCGCGACGAUUAACAAGAUUGCGGCGGUUUUCUGUUUGGUCGCCGCAACACGACCCGUAAAAAACCGUACGUUGAAUAUCAUUAAUAUUAUUCAUUCUUUUGUAACUCAUCGCCGCCGCCGAUUUAUAAAGCUACCGCCGCAUCAUAAUAAUAAUUACAGGGUUAGGGCGUUUACGAUUUCGCGUGUGUUUUUCGGUUUUACUCGUGAUGUUUACUCCUAAUCUCUAUUAAUUCUGAUUUCUGCGGUUUCGCUAUGAUGUAAACGGCUUUUCCGCCUGAUAUCUUAUUGCUAUCCGAUCGUCGACUUUGGCGGUGAUUUCCAACAGCGAAUUUUGUCUAGUCGGUACGAUCAGGAGGUCGUUUAUAUUCAAUUUCCCUUGUAUAGGUUUCUUGAUAAUUUUGCACGAACCGGCAUUCCGAGUUCGAUUUGAUUUUAACAUGAUUUACAAGAUAUAACAAAAUUAUUGUUUAUAUAUCACUGCCGGUAUUUCCUUCCGUAUUGCAAAGUUUGAGUAAAAAAAAUUUAAAACAAACAAUGUAGUUGUUCAAUCAUUCAACGCAACUCCUCGAAUACAAAUAUUAGUAUAAAUUGUGAACAAAAAUACCUAUAUUUUAGUUUUCAUUAAAUAAUUAAAAUAUAUGAAAUUCGGAGCGCAUACCUGUUUCUCAAUUUUCCAAUGUGUAUUUAACUAUUAUUUUUCAGUACAAAUCUAAAAAAGAAAAUUACGCAAUUUUUAAAUUAAUGUAAACGUAGCGAGAAAUGUAUUGAUUUUACUGUAAUAUGUGUUUUUCUUUUUUUUUUUUUUUAUGUGUGUAAUCAGAUAAUUUUUCUACCAGAAAUCUCACUUCAAUCAAAAACUUUAUAGACAUUUUCUUGUAGCAUUUAGUGUCUAGUUUUUGCAUUGAGUAAGUGGGUUUUAAUUUCCUAGUAGGUUUUCUUAAUAAACGGAGAAAACCGGCAAUUUUUUUUUAUAACUUUUGGUUGAUUUCUGAAUUAGGUACCUUGGUAACAAGAGAAAAAUACGGCUAAUAAAACAAAACUCUGCUAAGAAUCUGUUUUCGUUGCGUACCGAUAUAAAUUACUUUAAACAUCCCCCUUUCCAACUUUCCUGCUAAAACAACGGACACACCCGUCAGCAUUAUCAGUUCUUUUUACUGUACAAUAGUCAUAAUCCUGAUAAUUAUAAUGUACAAAAUAAUAAUAUAAUCGGUCGUUGAUUGUACUCGUUAAUAAUAAUAACACGUCUCGCAAUCGACACAAAAUAAAAGAAACUCGUUCGGCGACGACACGUUAAACGACAGGAAAACAUAUAGUAAAAAAUUAAUAAUAAUAAUUACAUUCGAGAAGAAUUCGGUAGCUACAUAUGAUAGAGUGUAAUAGGUAAUAAUAAAAAAAAAAUCGUUUAUCGCGCCGCCGCCGUCGUAUUAUAAUUAUUAUUGUACACCUGUCGCCUUUCGGGGACGUUGUGACGCGUGUAAAUAACGCGUGUAAUAAUAUUACGAUGGACGUGUUUUUUUUUUUUUUUAGAUUUUAUUUUUUUUUUAUCUAACGAAUUAUAACACAAUAUUAUUGUAUAUAAUUUAUAAAUGUAUACUUACGAACAUCGCGAACGGACAUACCGCCCGCCUGUUGCACACGACCUGCUCGCGCGUGGGGUCAAGACCAAUAAUAAUGAUAAUAAUAAUAUACGGUAAAAAAAAAAAAAAGGAGAGUCCGCAAAAGGUAAAGAAAAAAAAAAGAAAAAACCUCUGCCCGGAGACGAACACCGGCAACGACGUGUUUGACUAUUAUAUUAUACCGACGAUGAUGACAACCGCGACGACGGAGUCGACGGGCGUGUCACGGACUCGGUGUGGGUGCCCAAGCCCUUCGGUGGUAUAUUAUAAUCUCGAGAAAUCUUUGUGGGCAACCAAUUGCGGUUUUCUCACGAAAUACUAUAAAAUACCUGACUGUAAUAUUUCCCCUCGAAUAGGUCCAUGUGCUGGCUAUAGGAGCCGAACACUUGUUGCUCCACGCGAUGAGUUAAAAAAGGUUUCCGCAUGCGAAAGACGUGAUCAAAUCGAAUUCCUUGUCGUUUUUCGACGUGUUGCGCGAGGAACUCUUCGCUAACUGUUAAAAAAAAAAAAAAGUAGCUACUUAUCCUCGACAAAACCUAUUCUCCUCGAAGUCUUACAAAAGAAACUCUGGGAGGUCUUGGACGUAAAAAAUCCGAACCACGUCCGGCACGACAGGCGUGCAAUCACGUCACGUGGGUGCACUCUGGAUGUACUCGUAUAUUCACAUACUGUGUGUUAAUAAAAAGCGGGUACAAGUCUUCGUGGGCAUCUACGUCGCGAUUUUCUGGUGCACAACCCUCGCGAAUAAAUCGCAGUAGUCUGAACUAUAAUAAUGUCCACCAAAGUUCAAUAUAUUGAUAACCGUUAGUACCGUAAUAUGACGUAUUCGUACAUUAAUAAACAUACGUAUACAGUGUUGUAAUAAAGUACUGCCCAGUCGCGGUUUAACAUAUUUUAAUAUCUUAUAUUUGAACAUUUAUAAAAUUAAAUUUUGUCUUAUUGUCCGCGAAUCUGCAGUUUUAUUCCGAAUUUUAAAGCACUUGACACACUUGAUAUUAAAAAUAAUAGGAAGAUCGGUGUCUACGUUUUAUUUCAAAAUUCGACCAAAUGGUGGCUGACAAAGCUAUUUCGCUAUUUUCGGAACGAAAAUUUAAUUUUAGAUUCUGAAUGGAGCGAAGAUGGUUUUAACCAAGAAACAUGGUUUUACAAAUAUAUAUAUUUUUUUUUAUAUGUGCGCAACUUUUCUACAAGAAAUCUUGCUCCGAUUUUUCAGUGUAGCAGCUCAUUUUCAGAAAUGAAAUCUGACUCUGAGGAGGUACUUUAAAUACGUGUUGUAAUUUUCUUUUUUUUAUUUUAAUUUUGUGUUUUAUGUUACACAAACUACGUAGUACAUUUUAUACGCCAUACGGUAAAUAAAUAAAAUAAUAUGGGAAAACCGAGAAAACCGUAUGAAAAACGAGAAAAUAGGUACAAUAUUAAACAAAAAUAUUAUUUAAGAAAAUGUAUAAUGCCUAUGAAACUAUUGUCUUUGCGACACGGGUGAUAAAAAAAAUUACGCUUAUUGCUAUUUAAUUUGAUCGUCACCGACAAGAAAUUGUAUUUUUUUCAAAAGAUAAACUACCGGGCAACAGUUUACAAUCACCUGUAGGGGUAACGGCGUGAACGAGGAGACCUUUUAGGUCGAAUAUUUCUUUGAUCGAUUUAUGUUUUCGAACGGACAGAGCCCGGGAAAAUACCGGGUAACAUUCAGCUGUAGUCUAUACACUAACGACGUUGCGUCGAACCGUAAUACGUAUAAACGCGCACACCGUAUUUGGCCGUUUAUAUAAAUUAUUUUAUUAUUAUUAUUAUUAUUGUUAUUAUUAUCAUUGUUGCAUAGCGGCACAGAUGUCGGAUUAUUUUUGUGAAACUGUUAUUUGAUUGACACACCUAUACAUAUAAUUAUUUGCAGCGUGCCGUAAUAUAUUCCGUAUAUAGUAGAUGAAAUAAAGAACCUAUAAAUAUACGAUUGAACUACAUAUUAUUAUUAUGUGUGUGUGUGUGUGUGUGUGUGUGUGUGUGUGUGUGUGUGUGUAGAUAUUAAAAAGUGUGAAUUUUAUGUUAUUCGCGAACGAUUUCUCGCGUGCACUCGUUCGUCGCAGGAUUGGUACGAUCUGCGGAUGACAUUUUCCUACAGUUUAUUGUUAUUUCGACACGAGUAUAAAAUAUUUAUUGUACCUAUUAAUAAAUCCGCGUAAUACACAUUGUAAUUGCAGCGACUCGGAGACGCUACGACACUUGUCGUGUUCACACCCAUAUUUCUAUUACAAUAAUAAAUAAUAUAUAGAGGUGCAUAAUAUGUAUUGACAGGGUCAGUGAUAUAUUUCGAGGAAAAAAAACAACUUCGUAUAAUUUUUGCCAUCCGAAUAAUCAUCAAUAGAUGAUUGAUUUUUUUUUUUUGUAGUAAAAAAAGAUUGCUAACGAAAAACGAUUUUGAAUGAAAUUCGGUUAAACGUGUUUUGAAACGCUACCAUUUUUACGAAUUUCAAAAAAAAAAAAGAAAUUGAUUAUCUUUUUUUCGUUUUAUUAAAUAGAACCAUUAUGAUGAAUCCCAUGUUCAAUUUUCGAGCAUUUCUGAUGGGUCAAAACAAUUGUAUAAAAUUAUAUAAAACUUUUUUAAAAGUUAUAAAUGACUCAAAAAUCACCAGAAUGUAUUGAAAAUUGUAUUACGUCCAGUAAUUAGGUACAUUAGUAGGUUUUAAAAUGGUGCGUAAUUGUGUAAAUUUUACAGUUUUUUUUUACUUUUUUCCGGGGUUAUUACAAUUAUUAAGAAAACUACGAGGAAAAUCGAAAAUUAACCUGGAACGAUGCAAAAGUUGAUAUUACUCGGAGCAAUAUAAACCUUUAUUGUCACGAAAAUUAUACGUGAUAGUAAAACCACUACUCUGUUUUAAAUUUCUUUUAAAUUUCCAUACCGAGCGUUAAACAUUUUAAAUUUCCGAAUAUAUAAUACGUAUUAUCCCAACAAUUUAUCACUUUAUAUGUAGAUUGCGGUUCGCGCGAUAUUACGACGUGUUCGACAUUUAAACUGCGAAUUGCGAUUCCUGCUAUCGAGAUAUCCACGUGGAACAACGUGUUUAAUUCGAACGCGAGACCGCAGGCGGAUUUAUGGGCGACAACGAUUUCAAAAAAUGUACCCCGCAGGAACGGCUUUUUUUGUACGUUGCCGCCGUUCAUAGCGAAACGAUUUCGUCACGUUCGCCCGCGAGAACCGAUCGGAUUUCAAAUAGGUUCGAAAAGUGGCGACGGCGGCGGCGGUUACGGCGACGAUAGAUCUCCGCGGAUCGUUGGCGGCUUCGUAUCGGAUUUCAGUAGAAAAAAAUAUUAAUAUCAAAAAAAAAGAAUACAUAUUUUUAUUUUGUCAUCCGGUUGUCGUGUAUAAUACGUGGCGCGCAGCAGUGCACGCGUUAUUAUAAUGCGCGGCGCCCGUUAAAUAAUAAUAAUUAUGUAAAUUAGACCACUCCAAGGCUCUCCUCUGGUAAACGAUAAUAUCGUUAUAAUACCUAUAUUGAUGUUCGUAAAGUAGGUUCGACGUCAUUAUGUGCGCGAAUCAAACCGACAGCGACGGCAACUAAUGCAACAACAGCAACAACAACAACGAUAAUAAGAUACGAUACGAUUAUUAUUAUUACAACGUUAUUAAUUAUAAUAUACAGGGUAAUUUUUUUUUUCGAAUAUCUACCGGGAAGUAUAACGCAAAGGCUGCGUCCGUGUAGAAGGGGAAAAAACAAUAGCCGAGAAAAGCCACAACUCGAAUAUACGAGCCGAGUAUUAUUUAUGGACCGUGUAAAACGUAAUACGAAUUUCAAAAAAAAAAACGAAGAAUAGAAAACUGCUGUCUGCAACCGCGGCCCUCCUCCGGCUCUGAACGACGCAAAACGCAAAAGUUAAGCGAAGAUUUCGCGAGCAAAGCCGAUAUCGGUUUUGUUUUUUUUUGCUUUUCUUUUUUCGGCAUCGACUAUAAUGUUAUGCGUUUAUGUGCCUGUAAUGCGAUUAUAAAAUUGACGGCCGGCUGAUCCGCCGCCCGCCCUUACCGGUAUAAGCGCGCGUGCACCUCGCGACCAUUUACGCGCGGUCAUCGUGAUAUUAUUGCGCGCCACGCGUAUAGUCACGCACGUGUAUUAUCAUCACGCGCGCGUGACGCGGUUUUGCCAACGACUGUCCCCGCGUGCGAGCGUGUACCGCCGUCGUUGAAACCGUACGAAUCUGUCGCCGCGCGCUCGCGUUGCCGAACCCGUUCGGCGCGUGCGCGCGCCCGACCCGGGAAAACGCGGCCUCGUCGCCGCCGUCGUGUCCGCAAGCCGCGUCCGACUGCCACUAAUAACACACGCCUUUAUGUGAUGAUUUCCGGGCCGUUUCGAAACGCGACUCCCGGGUCCCGCGGCCGUUUCCGUCAUUUCGCGGACGCGUCGUUCGCGGAUGGUGUCGGGUCCCGCGUAUUCGUUUCAACCAAAACGCGUCGGUCGGGCACCGUUCGUCUGUCUCGUUUACGCGCCGGCCGCGCCGCGCUUCGGAACCGCGCGAGCGCCGCUCGAAGAAACCCUCGCGAUUUGGCCCGCGGCGAAAUACAUUUCCCGAUGCCGACCGUUACGCGGCCCGUUUCGCGACCGGAAUACCACGGUCGCCGCAGCGGCACGCACGCGGGUCUGUUUUCGUAACGGGGUUUACGGUCGGUUUUCGUUUUUAAAAAAAAAACGGGUGUUACCGUAUCCGGCAAUAGUUUUCACGCGGAUACAUGUUGUAUACUUUUUAAGAUUUUUAUGGCGUUUUUUUUUUUUCUUUUGCACGGAAUCUUGUUCGAGAAUGUCGGUAAAAUAUGCGGAAUCGCGUUGCGAUAAAUACAAGAAUAUUAUGCUCGCACGUACGGUAUUAUAGUUAUUAUUUCGACGUAAUAAUAUGAUGAGGAUGCGUUUUUAUCUAAACGAAAAAAUAAUUUCCGUAUUUUUAUUAGAUAUACGAAGGUAUCCGAGAUCGUUUCAGGGUCUUGUUGUUUUUGCUUUAUUGCGUUUAAAAAAUGAAUUUAAAAAAAAAAAUCUGUCUAAGGAUAAUGAGGACGGGUUCAGCAAUUGUUAUAAGUGAGAAGUCGGGAAGGUAAUAGAGGGGAAAUUUAAUGCAUAUCUGUAGGCAACGAUUGCUAACGAAAAACGAUUCUGAACGGAGUUCGGUUUAUAGUGUUGCUUUGUUAACAAUAUAUAUAUAUGUAUAUAUGAACGCGUCGCCUGGAGUAUUAUUAUUAUUAAACGCGUUUUACUUUUUGAUUGAUUUUACCUGACGAUGAACUUUCAAUUCGAAACCGGUCGUACAAUACACAUUUUAUAAUACUCCAGGCGACGAAUUCAUUUAUUUAUUUAUAUAUUUAUUCACGAGUAUUGACCAUUUAAUAGUUUUGUUUUUACUUUAUUAUUUUAUUAAUAUAUACGUCAUAUUAUGAUAAAAUAAUUGCAUAUUUAUUUUAUAUUUUCUUUAAUAAUAAUUGUUUAAUAUUGUACCUAUUUUCCCGUUUUUCCCAUGUUUUUCCAUAUUUUUUCUUAUUUAUUGGGAACCUUCCCAGUCCGAUUUCCUUUCAGAAAAAGUGCUAUCAUAGUUAAUCGGAACAUAAUUGCUGAUAGAUAAGUCAUCUACAAAAAAAUAAAAAUAAAAAUCAUUGUAAAACCAAUACAUUCCCCGCUCCACUCCGAAUCUAAAACUUAUCAACUCUAAACUGUUUUAAAACUAUAUGUGACGAACGAAACGUAUAGAGUAUAGAAAAAUACUGACUGGCUAAUCCGGAAUACGUUAUCACUUUACUCGCAUCGUGUAGGGACUUGCUAAAGAAUCGAAUUCCGUUGUCUAUAAUCUAUGUAGACGAACCAGAAUCCCGGAAUUUCGAUAUAAAAAAAAAUAUUAUUCUUAAUCUUUUACUGACUGGUGUGGUGGCUUCUGUAAAAUCUGAGGAACUUUUUUCACUUAAAUAAGUUUUUUCCCCCGACAUUGUUUUCUAUAAGCAUUCUAUAAGCUCGACUUCAGCACCUCCAGCGUAUAGAUACCCAAUUUUAUGAUAAUAUUCUGUAUUGUUUAUCUGUUGAAAAUCGGUUUAAAACAUAAACGACAGUACUUUAAUAAGAUUUUACUUCAAUAUAUAAAUAUUUCAUUAAAAAUUAUUCCACAUCUUUAUCGUAAUAUUAUGCUGUCGUAUCAAUUGAAACUAUGUUCCAUGUAGUUUAUAGGUGAGCGCAUGUAGACAGAUGCAUCAUCAGGUAGCAUUGCUUCUGAACCUUGAAAAACGGGUCCAUCGCGAUUGUCCCGCUUUAUUAGCAUUGCUAAAUUUUAAAGUUCCCUUCUUAUUCAACGCACAUUGUUUUACUUCCUUGUUGUUGUUGUUCCUUUUCGCUGAACUUCCUAUGCAUAGCUGUAAUAAUCAUACACACUGUGUCGAAUUAACCUAUAAGUAAAUUAAGCACUGCUUAAGGCCCUCGAAAAAAUUCGGCCCGCAAAAUUUUUAAUUCUGAGUGGAACGAAGAAGCUUAUGAUUAGAACUGAAAUACUCAUAUAGCCUCUUCGCUACGUUCAGAAUCGAAUCAAUAAACGUUUUACACAUACAUGCACGACACGAUUACAGACGCACGCGGAAAUGAUAAAUUUUAGUACACUGUACCAUUACUAUAUUAUUAUACCAAUAGCUAUUCAACAACAAUCGAAACGAAAUAAACACUAAGCGUAUAACGUAAUACAGUGUGUAGAUAAACAACGAUCGUUAAUAGGCUAUUGAAUUGACAGGGUCGCUCGAUCGCGACGAUCGUAAAUCCGCAUGUACGGCGAUAAUCGCGGCGGCGACUGUGGUAACAUAUUAUUUUAUAAACCAUUAUAAAUAGUCGUCGUCGUCACACAGCGCUGUUAAGAGGUAGAAAAAUAUCUAGUGAGUACAUUAUAGUAAGUAUAUAAGCCCGAAGUAAGGUGACUUACGACUUCGGUGUACACGAUCGCGGUUUUUUUUUUUUUUUUUUUUAACGAUAUAUGACUAACGGCCGCGACGACGACGAUGACGCCGGAUGAAUAACACGAGAUUCGAUCGCGAUUUCCUAUUCCUUAAGAGGCCGUCCCCGUAGAAAAAAAAUCGUCUGUAAAAACUAGCGCACGAUAGGCUUUUAUUUAAAUGUCUUUAGAAUAGCAUCAUCUAAAUGUAUAGAAAACAAUGUUUAAGAGUCGACAUCAUUGGCGUUUUUUCAAAUAAAUUAUGGUAAUUGAAAAAUGACAAAAAAAUAAAACAGCAUUUUGAAUCAAAGCUCCAUAUUCAUAAAAUAAACUAUCAAAUCUAAAUGGCAUUGUCUCCGAAAUAUUUUCCUUUGGAAACUGUGUAUGAUACUUUAAUAUAACGAUAUAAAAUGUCUUUUUAAAAAAUAUUUUUCGUAUAAGCACGUUAAGAACAAUAACUCGUACUCGUAUCUUGUUUAUAAAUUGAAGUAUCGAAAAAAAACCUACGUAGAAACACUACAAACACAAUGUGCUUACUUAAACUUUUAAGUUUUAUAAUAGAUCGAUUCGUUUUUAGUUUAACGACACAAAAUCGGUUCUAAUGAACUCAAAUUCGCUAUGGCGAUAUUUCUUAAGACUGUGACAACAAAAAAUAUUGAACGUGCGUCUCUUAAAAAAAAGGAUUAUUAAAACGGUUGACGGGCACACGACCGCCGCUGCUGCUGCUGCGAGCAUCUUACACGCGCGGAUACAAUAAAGUAAUUUUUUUUUACAUAUCAAUUUUUUAUCGCGCGUACGUGCUCGGUUUUUACUACUACUACUACUACUACUACUACUAGUAUUGCUACCACUCUCGACGACCUUGCGGCGGCGGUUGCCAGGGACGCGAAAAUAUUAUUUUGUACGCGUGUCCGCGAACAUUUUUUUUUUUAACAUUACGGGUAGAGGUAUAUAACAUUGACACGGAUUUCGGAUUUUAUGUCGGUCAUUCGUAGUAAAUAUUAUUGUAAAUUCAGCGUUGACAAUUAUUAUUAUUAUUAUUAAGUAUGUAGGUACAUGUUAUUAUAUUAUUUUAGAAGUAGUUUUUUUUUUUUUUUUUUUUCUUACGAACAUAAUCAAUUAGACCGGACGCGGGCGCGAAAUUUACUGUGCAUAAUUACGUAUACACACACGUACAACACAAUAAUAAUAAUAAUUAUUAUUAUUAUUAUUAUUAUUAUUAUCGCGGUAUGUAUAUUAGUUUCUAUCUCGGUAACGAAAUUUCAACCAAAAGCGAUGGCGCCGGCGCGGCGCGCGGCGUCGUCGUGGUCUGGUCGCCGGUCUCCUCUAUAGACGCCACCAUUUUGUACAGACGUCCUUCGCUAAUAUAAUAUUAUACUCGUAAUAUUAUCAUGUACCCCGAGCUGUAUAAUACAGUGUGUCCCACCGGUGUUCGAUGGAUUUUUCUUGCUCUGUUAAUAUUAAAUUUGAUUCGAUAUUUUUAUUCAAUCGGGUUGUCUUCGAAAGGGACAUCGAUUUGGAGAAAAAUUUAAUGUUUAUUCUCAUCCCCUAAAGACAACAACAAAUUAACUUUUUAUUUAUUCAUUUUAGAAUAUUUUCAAAAUAUAGCCAUUUUGUGAAAAUAUUGUUCAAAAAAUUCGAAUGCAUUACGCAUUUAUAAUUUCUCAGUUAUAGCCGUUUUAAUUGGGCGUGAAAACAAUAAAUAUUCAAUAAAAUAAUACGUUAUGCGAUAAGGAAUUCCUUUUUUUUCUGUAUCUUCUAUUGAAUAUUAAUUUUUUUUCACGCCUAUAUUCUAGAAAUUAAAACGGUUAUAAUUCAGAAUCUAUUAAUCGGAUGUGAAUAUUUAAUACAUUACAAUUUUUAUAGUAAUAUUUUUUACAAAAUGGAUAUUUUGAAAAUAUUCUGAAGUGAAUAAAUAAAAAGUUAUUAUUAUUUUUUUUUUUGUGUUUAGUGGAUGAAAAUUGAAAUUUAAUUUUUCUCCAAAUCAAUGCUCCUACGAAGACAAACCGAUUGAAAAAAAAAUUAAUAUUAACAGCGCUAGAAAAAUCCGUCGAACACGAUGAGACACACUGUAUACAGGUGCUCAGGUGUAUUGUCUGCUAUACUCCCGCGUUUAAUUAACGUAAAUAGGGUCCGCCGAAAACGUGACAGUGCACGCACAAUAUAUAAAAUAACGAACACAGUUCUGUGUAUAUUAUGCUUUCUACUUAUAAAAAAAAAAAAAAAACUGCCAAGCAUAUUAAAUGAGAGGAACCGAAAACAUAACCGUUUAUAAAGACACAUUAUUAAAAGAUCGUGAUACCUGCACACGCACCAUUUCUGUCUUACAAACGAACAACACAGCAGCAAAUUUGUAUUUAGAAAGGAUAAUUUUGUGCUAUCAGUGCGAAUUUACCUCUUAUUAAACUUAAUGAUAAGAGUAUUUUUUCCUGUGUAACCGUAUAUGUCUUGCACUGUAAGUAAUUUAUCAAUAUAUUAAUUUUUAAGCGAGAUAAAAGCAUUUAAAAAUUGCGACAGAUGUAUCUCGUUUAGUUUCACGGAAAAAAAUCUUCUUAUACACAUUUAAUUUUAAUAAUGUGAUAAAAAGUGAAUUUUUUCUGUUUUUAAAACUAACAAGUCGAUGUAGCCUCUAAUGAACUCAAAUUUGCUAUGUUGUAAGACGGACAUAUUAAAUGCGGAUAUUACGUCUUCUUAGAGGAUGUCAAAUAAUUGACCGUCUUUGGUUGUCUAACACAAGUCAAGGGGGUUUUUUAAGCUUCAACCUCUUUCCCCAAAAUUUUCGAAUUAGGUAUAUAUUUAUAAUAUAACAAAUACUAACUACAAAUUAAUUUAUUAAAAAUAUUUUAAAUCCCCUCCCCCGAAAAUUGAUCCUGAAUACGUGUUUGGUCUAACGUGCAACAUAGUAAAACAAAUGAGUUUGCCUAAUUACAUUUCUUAUUGUGAAGGCCCAGGACCCGUAUUAGUAAAGGACCCUAUAUUGGCUAUUAUAUAUAAAUUAAACAAAUACGCAAAAAAAUUCAUAAUUUAAUUUUUAUAGUCUUGAAAUUGUAUUGUAUUGUAUGUUUAAAUCUAACUAUUAAUCAAUAAAAAAAGGACGGACAUUCUUCGCACGUGGGUGCAGCUACUGUUGCAGGUGGAAAAUUGAGAAGAUAGGAUAGAUAUGGGAAUUUAAUGUAUAUUCGUAAGCAACGAUAAAUCAUUGCUAAGUAAAAAACGAUUCUGAGCGGAGUUCAAUUUAUAGUGUUGCUUUGUCAAAAAUAUAUAUGUCAUAUUACAAUAAAAUAAUGACAUAUGCAUUAAACAUUUUCUUUAAUAAUAUUUCUUUAAUAUUGUUCUUAUUUUCCCGUUUUCCCGUUUUUCCUCAGUUUUUCGGUUUUUCUAAUAAUUUUCAACAAUUAAGAAAAUCACAAAAUAACCUCCCUAAAUUACCUCCUCAGUCAAAUCUCCUUUCAGAAAAAGUGCUAUAACUGUAUUCAGAGCAAAAUUGUUCACGUGAAAAAAAUGCCUUAGUAUUUUAACUAAUACCUACAUUUCGUACAUUUUCCCGUUUUUUAACCAGUUUUUCGAAUAUAUUGAGAAAACUCCUGAGAAAAUCAAAAAAAGACCUCCUUAAAGUAUCACCCAAGUCAGAUUUCCUUUUAUAAAUAGUACUAUACUUGUAAACCGAAUCAAUAUUUCUGGUAGUAAAGUUGUUCACAGAAAAAAAAAAGUAAUAAUAAUAAUAAACAUCAUUGUAAAACCAUAAGAUUCUUCGCUCCAUUCAAAAUCUAAAAAAAGUUCUCAAAUAUAAUAUAGUAUGACCCCUUAAUCUAGACCUGCAUUCAUCCACUUCUGUGGUCCAUAUUCAGACCUAUGCGUGCAAUAGAUUUUGCUGUGUAUUACGCACAAAUAAACAGAAACUGUUUGCUUUUAUUAUUAUAGAAAUUUUAAGUUCAAAUAAAAUCGGUAUGAAAAAUGUUUUUAAAAAUGGUUCCAUAAGCAUUCAGUGGGUAUUACUUCUAAUAUUAAUACUGACACCGAAAACAAGUUUAUAGAACCUGCAACGAAGCCUGAGUACUGUUGGAAUUACAAAAACGCAUAUGUUUGCCGUAUUGUCUGUUGGAUAAAGAGAGGCGACAAAUGUCCUCUAAAUACGAUUUAAUCGGUGAUAUACAAAUUAAGUAUAGUGCUACAGAGGUAUUAUAGGUUAUACAUAGAUCACGAUUUUCUUCAAUAAAAUAAAAUAACAAAUAAACGAUCACGGAAGAAUAGUUAUAAGAACAUCCUUUAAAAAACGACCGUAUUAGGUGCUGCCGCAGCCUCUUAUAACGACUGAUUCGAUUCUGCGAAAAAGUCAGGAUAACUAUCCUAUGCGAAAUACAUACGUGCGUAUACUAUUUAUACAUAAAUAAUUCUAUAGGGUUAGGAUAUUUGUGAUUUUUUUUUUUUUUAUUAAUGCGCGAACAUUCGUAGACAGAAAUCCAUUUCAUGAUGUCUAUAUUCAAAAUAUCGAAAUUUUAUUUUGCAUAUUGUCUGAUAUUUUACAUAUUAUAUUGAUGAUUUUUUUCUUCUUCUUUCAAACACUUAUUUUACUGUUUUCGUAAAUGUCCAUACAUAAAUACAUUUUUUUUUUUUUUUUUGUAGAUAUUUUAUUUCUAAUAGAUUCAAGAAGCAUUAUAAACGCUGAUAAACAUCAAAAUUGAAUAUUUAAAAUCGACAAUCGUUGUUCAAUGCAACUUUCUUACUUAAACUAUAUUUAUUCACUAUUAUUCAUAAUACUUAUCAAUAUGUCCAUAGUAAAUUAUUGUUGAUAAAAAAAAAACUACAAAAAUAAUACGCGAUUAAUAAAUAAAAUAAAAUAAAUAAAACGCGAUUCAUGAACGUAUUAUUAUUACUCAUUAAAGAAAAUAGUGUUUAAAAGGGUCUCCAAUGACUUCUGGUUCCGAUAUGCCGCAGUCCAAUGUAAAACCUUAUGUACUUGAUGUCGUCAAGUUUGUACCUACCUAUAGGUAACUGGUAUACCUUGGAUGUGCGUAUAAACAAACUGGUUUAAAUAUAUAAAUUGUUCCGCCCCAAAUCAAAGUCGUGUACCUAAUUAUAUUGCUAAUAAACGUGAACUAGGUAGGUACGUAUAUAUACGUGUGUAGUACGAAUCAAAAUCGUUUAAAUACUCGUGAUUUAAAUUUUUCAAAGAACAAAAUAACACGACUCGAAACGUAUUAUUAUCGUAUCGUAUAUAGGCAGUAGUGCAUUAUAUAGUAUAUAGUGUCUUAAUGCAUUUUGCAAAUUAUUGUGUAUUAAAUAUAAUUAUUAUCUGCUGCAAGAGGACGUAAAUAAUGAUGUAGGUAUGUAUAGUAACAACGUGUAAAAUGUAAAAAAAAAAUUACGUUCGCGUGGUUUUACUAAUUUUUAUUUUUUUUUUCAAAACAACCGGUUGUACUUAUACGAUUAUAACCGAGAAAAAGACUUUCGGGGAAUCAUAACAUAAUAUAUUAUUAAUCGAUAAACACCCAUUUACAGAAACACUUUAUUAUGCAGUAUAGUAGUCGACAAACACAAAAAUUAAAAACCAUGAAGCCGUCACCGUUUAAAAUUUAACAAUAAUUGUUGUCAGUCACCGCAAUGGCGUUUGCCGCGUCUCCGUGAAUAUUUCCGUUUUCCACAAAUAUGAAAACAAUAUAGAAAAUCAAAAAAUGACCGUCUCAAAGCACCGACUGCACAACAUACUUUUCCAACAGAAACCAUCAACCCCGACGAGCCGACGAACACGCCCUCGAAAUGUCUUUUACAUAUAAUAGGUGUUUUUCUGUGUGCGAAACCGAUUUUUAAAGCCUUUUAAUUUGUUUCACGCAAACAUUUAAGCUGUAUCGCCCGGCUUAGUAAGACAAAUGCGAUAAACGCCACUAUAGUUACGGGCUCUUAAAUUUAACAAUGUUAAAAUUUCGAAUGUUCGUUCCAAUAGAAAGUAAAAUAGAUUUUUUCAAGUAAAUUCUCUAGUCAAAAAUGCGUACAUUAUAUCGAGGUACCAUGUACCUAUAUUUUGACCCAAUAUCAAUUUUUAUAUUAAAAAAAAAUACAUACUUAAAUAGUAUAUUGUAAUAAUAGCUAAGACUGGAAAUCUUAAACGACGCAUUCGGAAUAACACUUACAAUUUGUCAUUAUAUUGAUUUUAAACUCUUAUAAUAUUUUAACUGCAUCCUAAAAUGUACUUGUCUUCUUACAUCUUCUACUGUUUCUUGUCUUAUCUUACGUAUUUUUUUAAUAUUUUUAAACGUUUAUCGAAUAUUUACUAAACACGUAACUCUUCCUGGAAAUCGGUAUACUAGAUAUUUAUUGUGAACAAUUUUUUUUAUACAACCUUUAUUAUGCAAUUUUAAUUUAGUAAGCAUUUUGUAAGCAAUGAAAAUAAGGUAUUAUAUAAAUUUACUUUAUGUAAUUAUCAAUAUUAUUGAUUUUCCGUUACCGAUACUUAUGGGUAAUACGCACGAAGAUAGUGAGACAAUAAUAUUAUACACACUGCCGCCAGAAUUAUCAUAGUAUACCUAUUACACUAAUAACAAACCGCCGUGGCGGCGGCGGCGGCACACGUGUUUAAACAAUAAUACUAUGAUAAUAAUAAUAAUAAUAAUAACAAUAUAAUAUAUCGAGAAUAGAGAAAAAAAAAACACGUCAUCGUGUGUCGGCAAUGUCACGUUUUCCUCUGCGAUCGAUAUUCGGUUAAUAUACCUGCUGUAUGACUUCUGAACAUUUUCCCACAAGACGAGCCAACGAAAUUACAUUAUUACCUAUAUUAUUUAUUACGUAUGCCGGACAAUAUGCGCGUCGCACACGUAUUAGUAUUUACGACGCGCAAUUUGUUCGCAGUUUAUCCGUAAAAUUCGCCAUUUUUUUUUUUCCUAGUUUUCCGACUAAAUCCGUCCGACAAUAGGUUUGUUUUUCCUCUGCCGCGUACACAAUUACGUACGUAAACGCCGCCGUUAAGUUUUGACAAACGUUUUUUUUUUUUUUUUGUCGCGUAUCAAUAGUAUUAUAUUAUACGAACGCACACCUAUGAUAUUCAUAGAAGUAUUUUAAUGGGAUGUCUUAAUAGUAUUUUAUUUUUGUUUUUUAUAAUCAUUUUGUCGUCUUUAUAGGUAUUACAUUUAAUUGCGAGACAAUCGACGACUCUGCAACAGUUUAAUCUUCUUUUGUAAAUAACUAUACCUAUAUAUGGGUACGGUUUAUAGAUUUCACAAUAUUUCAUAGAAAAAAAAAAAAAUCAUCGACGGUUACAUUAAUAGAAUAUUAUAUUGUUUCGCUGAAAACCGUGAUAAUCAAAUCUUUCAAAAUAAAUUUACCUACGUCUUUAACAAAAAAAAAAAAAUGUUACACGUUUUUAUAAACAUCUUGAUUUUAACGAUUUUCGUCAAAAUUUGAACUUAAAAAGCUUCUAAAAAAAACUUACAUCACGUUCAAUUUUUUAUUUUAACAAAAAUACAACUCAUGAUUAUCAAAAUUAUCAAGUAUUUCUGAUCAACCAAAAUCCACAUAAAACCAAAUAAAAACUAAAAAAUCUCAAAAAUGUAAAAUGCCCAUACGCAUCAUUAAAAAUCACAAGAAUGUUUUGUACAUUUUAUCGCUUCUAGAAAAAACUAAUAUAAGUAUUCUCUGAACCUUUCAAGUCUUUACGAUUGUUUUGAACCGAUUAACUAUAAUAAAACAAAUCGAAAAUAAUUAAACUUUUAUUGUAAUAGAUGUGUUCAUUUUUCCUACACGCUUUUUCGAUUUUUCCUAAUUGUGAAACUGUAUGGAAAAUUAUAAAUUGACCUCUUUAAUGCACUUAUUAGAUCCGAAAUUCUACAAACAAGUUCUCUUGUCGUUUUUUGAUUGGAGAAAUAUUUCUGGUAAAAAAAUUGUUAAUAGACAAGAAAAAAAAAAUAAAGAAAACAAAGCACACAUGAUAUUGUAAAACUUAUGCAUUAUUCGGUGCGUCGCUCAGAAUUUAAAAAAAAAACCACACACGGAGUACUGAAUUGACGAAUUUUCCUGUUUAAACGAACUGAAAAAAAUAAUAAUAAUUAACAAGCCGUCUAUUCCUAACAAAUUAAACGUCAGAAACGCCAAUCUGUAAUAAUAUUUAUGAAUCGUGAUAAUAUUUCAAAAUGCUUAUUAAUUAGUAUAGAUAUGGCAAUGUACAUGUAGGUAAGAUUUAUUGAUCUCUUCCAGUACUUAUAUGCUUUCAACAUUCUGCUUAAAUCGAGUAUUGCCAAAGCGAUAAUAUAUAAUAUAUCAUCGAUAAAACUGUUUUUAUUUUGUUAUUUUUUAACUUUUCCGUUCACUCGUAUGCAUGCAGUAUCUCAUGUAUUUUGUUGUUUAGUGUAAUCAUCUCUUUAAUAGCUGACGAUAAAACAUUAUAAUUUCUUCUGUUUAACGUCAUUUUGUCACCCUGGGGAACGACCCAUUUGAUGCAUAUAAUAACCAGCUCUGUAAAAGACGAGUAUGUAAAUGAAUGAGUUCCGGGCGAUGUCGAGUUAUACGUGCAGGAAUGGUAAAUUAUUGUAGAAAAUCGUGUUUUGGAUAUUUAAAUCGGUUCCGUCCGUUCCAUUAUACCGAUAUACUCGACAAUCGCAUGUACAAGUACUUGUAAUGCGAUUGCAAAUCGUUCGAAUGCGCCAUCAAAAUUAAAUACGCGUAGUUAAAUAGUAAUAGCUAUAUUUAAUACAAAUAACUAUAUAUCAAAAGAUGGUCAGGCAAAGUAUUUUAUGUCAAGAAAAUUUCAAGUCGUAUGUUUAUAACUUUAAGCGUGUUAAAUUAUUUUUUUAAUUACGAAAGAAAAUAUGUUUUGUUUUUAGAUUCUGAGCAGAGAAAGAAAUGUAUUAGUUUUGCAACAAUGUUUUUUUUUCUGUGUACAACUUUUCUACCAUAAAUUUUGCUUUGAUUUUCAAAUGUAGCACAUUUUCUAAAAGAAAAUUUAACUAGGGUGGUACUUUAUGGUUGAUUUUCUCAGGGUUUUUUAUAAUAAAUGGGAAAAACCGGGAAAUUUUUAAAAAUUUUAACCGCACAAGCCGGAAAAUAGUGAAAUUUACGAUUUUCAUCGAAGUUUGAAAUUUUAUAUCUGUACGAUUAUAUUAAACUGAAUAACCAUAUAAAAUUAAAAAAACGGAAAAAAUAAACACCGGUAUUGUGUUAACUUUCCAAAAUCAAAAACUGACCUCACCAAUUAUUAACAUAUUAUCAACAUUCAACUACAUAAAAUGAGCUACAACAAAUUUACAUACCACCCAUGAGGUUGAUUAUCGGAUAAUCAGAGCAAAAUUGCUGGUAGAAAAUUUGUUUAUAGACAAAAAAAAACCACAUAUAUCAAAAUCAAAAUCAAACAUUAAAGUAAAUUUUACGAUGAAAAAAAAAAUGGAAAAUAUACAUAAAUUCAAUAUUUUAAAUUCGACCUGUUAAUUCAACUUCUUUAGUCUUUACUAUUCUAAAAACGUAUCUACACUACCAUCCAAAUCUCUGGAUGACGAAAAUAUCAAUACAUCUAAUUCUUAGGUAGUUCAAUUGUACUUGUUAAAAAAAAAAUAAUAAACAUUUUAUUUAAAAUAAUAAAACAGAUUACACUAUUUUACUAUUAAAUUGUUCGCCAUCCAGAAAUUUGUGGCGUAUACAAAAAGAUAAAAUUGAUGCAGAAAUUCGCGUGAUAGAUUACCUACUAACCUAGUAUAUCAUAUCAUAGUAUAUAUAUAGUAUAGUAUAUAUACUAUACAUAUAUAUAGUAUAUCAUGCUGUUAUGUAAGAAUACUACUAAAAUUUGUAACAACCGUCCUAACUAUCGCAUAUAAGUUAGUCUCCAUCUGUAUAGAGACUAACUUAUACAUGAAAGCGAAGCUGAAAACGAGCGAACGUUCUCUCUCACACACACACACACACACAUACACAUUCGACAUUAUAUCCGUCCGGGGGGGUGUAUUUUUACGAUAAUCAUAAUAAUAAUAAUCAUAAAUUACGAUAAUAUAUUACAAUAGUAGCCGACAGACCGGUAAAGGUCUCCGGGAGGACCGGUCUGCGGGCGUUUGUUAUAUUAUUACUACUACAGCAGGCCAGUAGAUAUUUUGUAUCCGACGGUCGUUAUAAUGUCAGUGUAUAAUAUAAUAUAAUGCCGUGUGCGAUAGGCAUAAAUAAACGUACCUACAAUAUUAUUGUAAAUGCUGCAGCGGGGCUGUAAAAAUGACUCGAGCGCACUUUAUUGCAGACACGUCUACGCGAUAUAUUAUUACAAUAAUGGCAAUUUCAUUACGCGCACGGCGCGAGCGACCGGACACGUCGCGCCGCGCCGCCACCGCCGUCGUCUCGUCCACCUCGUAUUGGGUGUGAGUGAUUUAUGCUCGCACGGAUCGCGCCAAUCCGCUGCCGUCCUCUAAAACGCGACCGUCGACCAAUCGGCUACUGUUGUCGCCGCCGAGCUUUCGAGCACGAUUUAAAGUAUUAAAAUGGUUGCCCACCGAGCAGCGAUAAUCUGACUUACAGAUCCAAUCAACAAAUCCAAUACAAAUUUUCGAUUUGUCGUCCCAAAUGUUCUUAGCGAAUAAAUAUUCAACAAUUGUCAUCAAGCGUUUUUAUUAUUGAAUAACAUGGUAUUGAUACCAAGAUAAUCGAUAUUGUCUUAAAUCGUAGUGACAAUAUUAAAAAAAGCUGUAAAAACAAAUUACUAGUAGUGCUAGUAUAGUAAAUCGAAACACCUGAUUUUCGGAUUGAAUUCUGUGGUCACAAAAUUAAUACAUUAUCAUUCAUGGAUGAACAGCCAUAUUAUUUUAAGUUUUGCUUUCGAGUAAUCGCGUAUCGUAACGUAUUUAUCAACCUGACAACUAUAUAUUAUAAUCCGAUAAGUAGCCUUUUCGAAUAUUUUAGAUUCGUUAAGAGCUAUAUAUUUCGAUCUUAGACACGUAUCGUUAUCGACGAACGUUUAGAAAUGAUCGUCCAAGCGCAAAAUGUCGAGUAACUUAUAACAUGCUUACCUAUCACGACGUUUUUCCAAUAACCGCAAUAUAAAUGCGGAAGUUGGAAAACGAAAAUCGAGAGUACCAAAUAUUGAAAUCGUUCGAUUGAAGUUGGGAACUAUUUUCAUAUUCUAAAGGUAUUAUAGAUGAUUUUCUCUAGAAAGUAUAUAGAUUUUAAAAAUAACCAAAUAUUUACUCGUUAAUAUAUUCACUCAUUGCACCUGCAAUUUGUCAGUUUUGAUCAGCACUACAAGAUUUCUGGUUGAAAAGUUAUUAAGGGACCUCGUGCUAGUUUUUCAAAUUUUCUUCAAUUUCGAAACAUUUAAAAAUAUUUUACAUUCUAAGUGGAAUGAGAAUAUAUUAGUUUUACUAUGAUAUUAUUUUUUUUUUUUUAUGUGAACACUUUCUACCAGAAAGCUUACUCCGAAGUAUACGAUGUAGACUUUUUUCUGAAAGGAAAUUUUCUUGGAGUGGUACUUUAGGAAGGUCAUUUUUCAAUUUUCUCAAGACCUUUAGAAUUUACAUUCUAUUAUGACUUAUGUCGUUUAGUGUAACAUUAUUGACGCGAAAAUGUUUAACGAUUUCUAUGCACAAAACUCCUUAUCGGAAUUUAAUUUAAAUAUUAUAAUAGAAACUGCAACAGUGUUGGCCUCGGGCUGGCGCCCGUCUUUCAAGACCAAAACGGUUCAAUUGCGGUACGCGUUACGCGUGCGUUUUUGAUCGCUUAAAAAAUGUUACACGGGUCACCGUAGAAAAACGUAGAAGAAAUAACAAAGACGUGGUCAGCAAGAAGCGAACAAAAAAAAAAAUCUUGCGUAUUGUACAGGUGGAUCGGACCGGAUAAGAACAAAACCGUUUAGUCGAUUGCAAAAACAACAAACGUACUAUCAUAAUAAUGCAUCUAAAUCCAUAUUAUUGUACGAAUACGACUGCGGAGUGACUUAUAAAGCGAGCACGUGAAUCUUAAGAAUGCCACGUGGCAUUUUAUCUCCGUCGGUAUAUUAUUGAUUGUCGACGGAUAUCGAUGUACGCAAUCAUUGUACCCGGAAAAAAGUGAUUGAUGUUUGAGAAUUUUUUUAAAUUGAAAAAACAAUCGCAUUUUUCCAGAACGCGUCUGACGGUUCGACAGAUUAAACGACAUCGGUGACGAGUUUUGGUCGGAUCAAAAAAUAUUAAACUAUUAUUCCUUUGAUUAUGAAAGAAAUUUACAAUAAAUUUUCUAUUAUAAUAGUUUAUAUCAUUACCUAUGUAUAUAUUAUAUAAUAAUAUAUCCUCGUUAUAAUAUUUAUAAUGAGCGAAAUUCGGUGUCAUGUAUAAUAAAUUGUGUUUUCUCUUUCAUUUAAAUAAUAUAUAGGUUAAUUUUUUUUUUUUAUUCAAUAUACCAAAGAUAGACGGAAUACAUAGGUACAAUUUAUAAAUAAUCGAAAUCAAAAAAUGACCUCCUUAAAGUAACUCCCCAGUGAGAUUUUUUUUCAAAAAAAUGUCUACACUUGUAAAUCGGAACAAGAUUUUUGUUAGAAAAAUUGUUCACAGAUAAAAAAAGACCUUUUAUUUUUCGCAUGUGGGUCAGUUACUGUUAUAGGUGAGGAGUUGAGAAGGUAGGAUACAGAAGGGAAUACAAUGUAUAUCUGUAAGCAACAAUAAACCAUUACUAACGAAAAAACGUUUCUGAGAGGAGUUCAGUUGAUAGUGAUACUUUUUCAACAAUAUAUACGUCAUAUUAUGGUAAAAUAAUUGAAUAGGCAUUAUAUAUUUUUUUUAAUAAUAUUUGUUUAAUAUAGUACCGAUUUUCUCUUUUUUCCCAAGUGUCUCAUGUAUUUCCCGGUUGUUCACUUUUUCUGGGAAAACUCUUAAGAAAAUUGAAAAAUGACCUAUUUAAAGUACCUCCCCAGUAAGAUUUCCUUUUAGAAAAAGUGCUAUCAUGAUAAAUUGGAGCAAAAUUUAUUGCUGAUAGAAAAGUAGUUCACAGGUAAAAAGUAGGCCAUAAUACUUUUUAACUAAACUUUUUAAAUAUAGAGACAUUUUGUACAUUUUCCCAUUUUUCCUCCUAUUUUUUCAGUUUUUGUCAUUUUUUGAGAAAACUCAUGGGAAAAUGAAAAAAUUAUCUGUUUAAAAUAACCCCCUCCCCGUUCGAUUUCCUUUUCAGAAAAGAUGCUACACAACUUAAAAAUCGGAGCAAAAUUUCUAGUAAAAAAGUAGUCCACAGAAAAAAAAUAAACAUCAUUGUGAAACCAAUACAUUCCUCGUCCACUCAGAAUCUAAAAUUAGUUAGCUUACCCAACUUUGUUUGUAUAUUAUUGCGCAGUGUGCUUUUACCGUGCGGUAUUAUAGUUGAAGUCGCCCGCAGCUGGUUUAGAGGUUUGGUUACGUUAGGUGUAGAGUAACGGUCGGGGGCCGGGAAGUAAAGAGUGGCGGCACGUCACGUCAAAGGGAAAAAAAAUAGACCAAACUAGAGAGAGGUCUCGACAGGUGACGAUAUUAUGUUGUUGUCGCCGCCGUCCAUACCCGCGGUCAUUAGGACGACGACGACGGUGCGAUUUCUCUGUCGGGUCGUCCCCGAGCCGCUUACACAAUAUGACCGAACUUAACCGAAGGAAAAAUGUGGGUCGUCAUCGAUGACGUGGAGGAGGGAUGCUUAGAUAUAUAUAUAUAUACAGGGUGAUCAACAUAACGUAACACAUUCAUUAUCUCAGAAAAUGUUAACUUUUUCGAAUUUCUUUAGAAAAUUUAUGAAACAAGCAACUCUGAAAUGUUACAUUACUGUUAUCUUUUGUCACUUUUACUUUUGGCGAUGAAACCACAACAUAUACCUUUGAUUUUCAAAUAACAACCUUUGUUAAAAAUCCGAUAAAGAGAUAAAAUGUUAAAGAUAAAUAUUGAUAUUUACUUUCAAUAUCGGUCAACUUGUUGACGAAAUACUCCAAUUUUAAAUUUAUGUAGUGGGGCACUAUUCAAAUGCCGUGUGCUGCGCCAUUCCAUAAAUAUCUCGUCAAUAAGUUGGCAGAAAUACAUUUAUCAGAAAAUGUAAUACAAACAAUUAUUUAAGCUGAAAUUUAAUAUCUAUUAAUGGAAUUUUGAAUUUAGUUAAACCGUAAAAAUCUCUUUGAAAAUCAAAAAUAAAUAGUGGUUUCAUCUCCAAAAAAAUAACGAUUAUGUCAUAUUUUAGAGCUGCUGCUAAGUUAAUACUUUCCGAGAAAAUGAGUAUCUUACACUAUGUUGGUCACUCUGUAGUUUAUAUAUUUUUUAUUACACAGAAAAAAGAACUGUGAGUUACGAUUGACCGGUUCGCGUACAAUACGCCAAAAAAAAAACCGUUUGUCAUAAUAACAAUAUAUUAUUAUGAUCUGUAUAUUAUGAAUACCACACGUGGAUACAUCGUUCUACUACCGUACCCAUACCGUGGUCGAGGUCGUCGAAAAAAACAGGGAAAAAAACCACGAAAAUCUGUAUUUUCCUGCCCGGGAUCUGUAUAGUACAAACAAUAAUCGGUUGUGAGAUUUUUUAUAAUUUAUACACAUCUCUAUAAGUCUAUAAAUCAUUUGGCCUAUAAAUACGAAAAUUACACAAAUAUUAUGUAAACGAUAAUAAAUACGUCUUUAACUUUAUUUGGUAUUGAACGUGUUUAUAAAAAAAAACACCUGUAAUCUCCGUCUUACAGUCAAAUUUCCCCCUGCCUAUUUUCUAUUAUAGACAUAUUUUUUGUAAUACAAUAAAUUCAAAUAGAUGUCGACAUUUUUACGUAAAAAUGGCAGCUUGAAAUUUAAAAUCACCAAAACACACAUUAUACUCAACACUAACGUAGUGUAUUUACAAAACUAUAUCUCCCUAUGAAGAUCUCCCAUUCGAGGCUGCGUAGAGGUAUGCGAAAACUAAAAGACGACCUCACUAAAAUUAAUUUUGAAAUUAAAUCAAACUUUUAUCACUUCAAUUUGACCAACAAUUCUAAUUACCGAGAUUGAGCUCAUUUGGUUCAAUAAAGGGGCCACUAGAAUUUCGUCCAAAAAAAAGCGAAAAAAUGAUAGAUACUCAAAGGAUACAACGUUUUAAAGUGCAAUAACAUUUAUUUUUAAAUUUUAUUUUUUAUAUUUUAUAUUUAAAAAUAUAUUUUUGGAAAAAAUUAGAGUAUGUUGCAUAGAGUAUUAGAGUUUAACCCGUUAAAGAGCAACCUCGAGAAAGGGACAGAUCCAGGUAGAAGGCUAGGGGCCCAGGCCUCCCUCCCAGACAUAUUAUUUCUCCAAUUUUUUUUUAACUCUAUAGAUCCUGAUAUUACUAUAUUUCAAUCACAAAUAUGUAUUAUAAUAAUAUAAUAUAUUAUACAUAUCUGUGGACUGUGAUUCCAAUAUUAUAAUUUCGUAAUUAUGUGUUAAUUGUUGACACUGCAAGAGUAGCCACGUCAUAGUCACGUCACGUUAUGUAAAGUUGGUCCCGGACAAUUAGUAAUAUAUUGUAGUUGAUUAAACAAUAGUUUAAUGGCGCUAUAAUUAAAACCAUAGACAUUGUAAUUAUAUUUGUGUUGCAAACAAAUUGUUGCCCCCCCCCCCUGGAUCUUUGCUCUGGAUCCGUACUUGAUGGCGCCAUUGACAUUCCAGAUCUACUAUCUUCAAACUUUUUCUGUAUUCCCUCCUAUUCCAUAAAAAACCACUCGCUCUUCCAUUUAUCACAAAAAGAUAUCUCUUACGGGUAUAAUCAACUCCUGCAUAGAUCCUUGUGUCAUCUCAACGUGGUUUAGUUUAGACCAUUUUAAAACCUUAGUUUUAAAUAGAUGUAAUUUCUUUUACUUAAAUUUAAACGAGAUUUGGUGCUUAUAAUAACAAUAUACAAUAAUAUAAUUUUGUUUCUCGACUAAUAAUCGUAGUAUUCUACGAUUACCAAAGUGAAAAAGAAAAAAAAUGAGACAAAAAAGUGUCAGCAUGAUUAAUUUAUCGGUUUAAAACUUACAUACAGUGCCGAUUAGCGAUAGUAGUAAGUAAAUACACUAGAAUACCUACAUACAAACUACGGUCUAAACUGUAUAAAUGCAGCUCCUUUGGAUACACCCGUCGAUCGAUUGAUCUCCGUCGAAGAUGUCCGAAAUACCUUUCGUAUAUAACGUAUAACAGUGCUGUUUCAACAGAACCGUAAAUGGAUUUACGUCGAGCCUAAAAUGAAUUAUUAUGCACUUGCGUUUGAGUCCCACCGAAUGUUGCUCUAAACGGGUGACCGAGAUCCGGUGUGGAAGUGGUCGUGACCUUAUACGUCCUGGGUAUCUCACUAAACGCCCGGCUUAAAUAUUUUAGAAACUGUUUUUUUUUUCCCCCGUUCAACAUUCUUUAAAGAAAUAAUAAUGUCAAGCGGAUCGAGCGGAGUUUUUUUUAUCAAAAUAUUAUUUUAAAAAAAAUCUGACACUGCUUAUGGGUGUACUACUGUUAUAGGUGGGAAGUUGAAAAGUUAAGAUACAUAGAGUUAUUUAAUUUAUGUAUGUACGCAAUCGUUGCUAAUUCUGAGCGAAAUUCGGUUAAACAUGUUUUUAAACGUCGUAACUUUUACGAUUUUUAGCAAAAGUGAACGCCAUACUUUUGUUUUUACCACUAAGUUCAUCUCAAAAUAAACUUUUUAUAAAAUUUGCGAAAUUUGCAAGAAGACAAAACCAUAAACCAUUCACAUAAAACUUAAUUAAAAAUAAAAAAACCUCAAAAACAAAUGUCUCAAAUGCCUAAAAAUAGCUUAAAAAUCGCCAAAAUUAAUAGAACAGUUUACAAUGUCUAAAAAAUACUAAUAUAGGUGUUUAUGAAAAUUUUAGAUCUUUACGGUUAUUUUUAAUAAAAAUACAAAAUCUAAAAUAAUACAACUGUUAUUUUUAUAAACUUUUCUGUUUUUCUUGGUUAUUCCCAAUCAGGUAUAGUUUUUUUGGGGGGGGGGCGAAGGGGUUUAUUCGGCCACUAGGACCAUCCCGUCUCACAAUCAAUUCUCUAUCAUUUCCCUAUACAUCCUUCCAGUUUAAUACGCCUCCCAAUGCUUCCACAUCCUUCUUAACUGUAUCCUCCCAUCUCAAUCAUGGUCUUCCCAAAGGUCUUUUUCUUACCGGAUUCUAUUCUAACACCACUUUUAGUAGAGAAUUCUGACUUCUCACUGCAUGUCCUGCCCAGCACAGUCUUCCUUUCUUGAUAGCCUCUACCACGUUCUUUUCGUUGAAUAUUUCUUGUAACUCUCUAUUUUUUCUUCGUCUCUGCUCUCCUGUAAUAUCAUCUUUUAUUAUUAGAAAAACAAUAAGGAAAGUUAAACAAUUAUUUUUUUAAUACACCAACUGAAUAACUAAUAAAAAAAAAUACUAUACUUGAAAAUCAGCUACAACAAUAUUUGAAACUUCCGGUAGAAAAAUCGUUUACAGAUAACAAAAAAUCACGCAUUAUAGUAAAACCUGCAAUACAUUCCUCACUAUGCUCAGAAUCUAAAAAUGUAAUUAUUAAUUUUAAAACGGUACAUACAUUUUAAUAUUUUUAUGGGUAUACAGAGAUGUUUUAAAUUUUGUUUCGUCUUGGUCUUCCAGCUACAUUAUUAUUAUUAACCGGUUGCAUUAUAUCGUUUUUUGCGUCAUACUAUUAUAAUUGACACCAAUUAGAUCCUCCCACUUUAAAUACCGUGUCGUCGUUGGUAAAUUAUAACAUUAAACCACGCGAAACAUAUAAAUUUAUGUAAAUACUAUCACGCGUAUAUUAUUAUUAUUAAAAUUUGAACUAAACAGAAAUAAAAACAGCACUUGCUUUACUGAACCUGAGCUUGGUGUAAAAAAAUUGAGGAGAGGGAACAGAGUCUGAUAUAUCUAUAUACAAGCAAAAUAGGCAUCGUUUACAGCCUUAAAAACCCGCUAACAUUUUAAAACAAAUAUAUGUACACCAGGCACGUAUUCAGGAUCAAUUUUCGGGAGGGGGGGGUUAAAAUAUUUUUAAUGGGGUUAAAAUAUUUUUAAUAAAAUAAAUUAUACAUAGAGUUUGUAGUUAGUCUUUGUUAUAUUAUAAAUAUAUACCUACUAUAAAAAUUUCGAGGGGUGUUUGAACCCCUAAACCCCCCCCUGGAUACGGGCUUGAUGUACACAUACAUAUUUUAGAAUUUAUCGAAUUUAAUAUUGGUUCGUAUAUAAGUUGCAUUCCAUCAAUGAAUAUAGUCUAUUCCUAUUUACAGUUUAUUUUAUUACAAUUUCACAUGAUUAUUGACAAUCAUUAUACUUUACACGAAAAUUUAGUUAUACAAAUUUACCUUUUUUCACCUUCCUUAAUGCAUCCAUGAUGAGUUCCUCACUUUAGUACUCUACAUCCGAUUUUAAAUGUUGUGUAUUUGUGUACAUUUUCCGAAUAGUCACGAUCAGUGUAUUUUUUUUUUUGAAAAAUAAGAAUUACGUAAACGGUUUACGUCAUCGGGUAAUAAACUACGUAAUGCAAUAAUAUUUUCAUUCCGAUAAACCACAUUGUUUUGUUCUACGAGAAUAGAUAUCAUAAUUAUUUUUUAAUUCCCGAUAAAAUGUCCGUUUGUAAAAAAUGUCGAAAAGUAUUAAUGAUUAAGUCUGUUUAGGUUGUGUCAAUUUUAAUUUGUACAACGAUGAUGACCUCUCUUUUGACUUUCGGUUCAAAUAGUAUACAUUGUAAUCGAACUUCCUAUCUCUGAAAACGUUACACGAUCGAUACAAUUUCGUUUGCGGAUUAUGGAUACGAAACCCAUGUUAAAGAUAUUGAAAAUCGAAUGUAGCGGUCUUUUAGAAAGAUAAAAAAAAUCCGGUCGUUCCCGAAACAUUCACGUAUGAAUAUAUUCGCAAUAAGGAUAUCGACGUUUCCGCCACAGGACACGCAAACGGUCCAAGGUCUUUGAAAAUGUUUGUAAAACGCCACAUAUUUUUAUUGUGGGUAUAAGUUAUCGUGUAAUGUAGAUUAAUAAGAUUAAUCUGUACACAUAGAUAGAGAUUUAGCGAUUAUUUUUUUCGCCAGACCUAUAUAAUAACACAUAAUAUCGUGUAAUGAUUAAAAUAAAAAGAUAAAUCGUAGAUAACUAUAUGUGAGUACUACAAUAACUCGAAAAUCUCGAUUCGCGUACAGCGUUGUAAAGGUGGGUAAUAAUAUUACAUAGGUAUACCUACCUAUCCAAGUAUAAUGCCUAUCUGCUUUAUCGGCGCGUGUGAUAAACUCGCCGACAAAAAUCGUUUUAUGCAAUCCGAAUAAUAUUAUGAUGCGGAUAACGAUCUCUUAAGCGAUAUUCAGUACUGUUACCCGACCACAUUUCGAGAUAUAGAUAAUGAUAAUAAUAAUAUUAUUAUACGGUUAUUUCAUGCGUGUGUGUGCAUGUUAAUAAUAUUCCGUACACAUACUCGCGGCGCAUGAAAUAUGCGAGCUCCUCGCGUACACGGCUAUCCGUCCGAUUAUCAAAAAAAAAAAAAAAAAAAAAACACAAUCCGCUGGAAGCGAAUUAUAUUUUAAUACUAUUGCAACAGCUGCUGCAGUGUCGCCGGUGCGCUGCAGUAGUUACUCGAUCGGUAUAAAUCAUUUCACCGCCAGACCGUAUCCGUGUGUGUCGGCACCGUGGCAGUCUGCCGCAGCUGAGUCUGUCGCGGUUAUAAGCAUUACAGGUAUUAACCGUCCGGAAUUUAAUGCCUAUAAUAUUAUAAUAAACGUUAUCGCGUAAAGGUUAUACCGGAGGUAUUUCCCCGCCCGUACCGGUAGUUUCGUGGUAUCGGCAUUAAAAAAUCGCCGGUACAUACCUAUAUAUAGAGAGUGGUGUACCGUUAUGGUGUACAAGCAUAAUAUUAUUAUGUGCCGUCGUAAAGAUUAAGGAAUCGCCAAGACGGGUGCGAAAUCUGUAUAGGCACCUACUGUACGUGUGCCCGGACAGAUGGUCCAAGUUCUCGGUUUUGAAACGGACAGUAUUUUUGGACCGGACCGUGAAAAUUAUUUACUACAGCAUGUGGGCUAUAAUGCGUAGCCGAAUGUACUAUAACGAAUUAGAUUAGUUUUCUUUUCUUUUUCUUUUUAAUAUUACAAAUUCGCAUUUCGGUCUGUAGGCGUGUGAGGUCGCACUCCGAACUCUCGAGCAAUGCAAAUCUGCAGUCCAAUAACCCUAUCACAUAGUGCGUGACGCGUGUAAGCCCUUAAGGUGUAUUUUGAAGACUCGUUGUUGCGCGUUUUUUGCGAUAAUAUUACGAAGUGACUGAAUCCUAUUUUAAGUUUUGGAUGUGUUUUGCAAAAACAUAUGUGCUCACUAUGUACAGACAAGUCAAAACGACCGUUUCCGAAACGCCUGUAUACGUUUUUCGAGCAAAUCAAACGUAGUUUCAGCUACCCGGCAUCUUCUUCUUCAUUUCCCUAUAGGCGCGUGUCUUUUCGCUGCGAAUCGGGAUCUCCACUCUUCUGCCUUCCUGGAAUUUCCUUUUCCUUUAUAACGGUCCCUCAAAUAUGUUUGAGGGACAGAACCGAAUUGUGCCUCAACAGAUGACCGAAUAUUUUUCCACUCCUCUGUUUUAUGCAUUACUGGUCAGAAACCUUUUUCCCUUACUUGAUUUAAUUACACUUUUGAUUUGCUUCUCAUUUCUGUUCAAUUAACCCUCGUCAUACUACUCCGCGUCCGCAUUUUCAUUGCCUUUUUCUUGUACCGUUCAAUGACGGUCCACCGAGCAUAAUAUAUUUGCAGAAAACGAAUCGGUCGAGUAUAGGUAGGCGAUUAUUCUGCGCCCGUGUAUACGAUGCCGUUCGAUAAACGCCAUACAUGCAUUGCAUGUACAACGCGAUUUGUUUCCGAUCUUUAUAGUGCGGUUAAUAUGCAGCCGAGUGUAUACAUAUUUAUAUUCGAACGAAUCGAACAAGAAACCGUAAGUAAUGUAACCUACGAUUUCGUGUUCGAUUCGUUCGUACCGCACGCAUUACCUAUGGUAGGUACAUGCGAUAUCGUCGAUCUCGUGUCAGCCGUAUUAUCGAAUUACUUCGACUCGAAAGACGGAAACUAUAACUGAACAGAAUAAAUCAAAUACAGGGUGUCCCACGAACGCAUGAUCAUUGCGAUGCGAUAUAUUGAAAAGUAUUUACUAUUUUCAGAAUUUUUUUUUGAUAAUUUAAGAACCAAGUGCCUCUAAAAUGUCGCAUUACCAUUAUUUUUGGGAGCGAACCGACUGUCUGCUUUUGAUUUUCAACGCCGAAACUAAUUUAAACUAACACUCCAUCGGUUUAUCGUGGAAUCUGUAAUAAAGGUUGCCACUUGAAAAUCAAAAAUAUGUACCCAGUCGUUUCACCCUAAAAAACAAUGGCGACCAUGAAUACCUAAAGGUAAUGUAGAACUUAGCAACUACUUGUUUCUCGAAUUGUAAAAGAAAAGAAAAAAUUACGAUAAAAAUGAAUUGCUUUCCGAGAUGAUAAUGUACACUAUAACGUGAUCAUUACUUCGUGGGACACCCGGUAAUCUGUGUGUACGCUCGAAUAAGGAUUUUCGGUGCGUGUAAACGCGUUACAUUUUCAACCGGUCGUGUUCGACUACUAUGCAAUGUACACACGAUAUGAUUAUAUUGACCGGCAAUCCCACCCGAACAUUUUGGGCGUUCGCGAUAAAUCACCGACUUCCGUCCGUCGCGGGACGCCUACGCGGGUGUUUGGCGCGGCGCCACGUCGUAAAUCCGCGAGUCGUCUUCCGAUUCAAUCCAAAAACGCAAUAAUUAUACGAAAACUCCGAUAGACGGAUAUGGACUAUCGGCGAUGCGCGUGUCGUCGGACGAUAAUAUUCUCGGCGAUUCGUCGAGAAGAAAACCGAUCAUGAUGAUAAUAAUAAUAAUAAUAAUAAUAAAUUUGAAUUAUUUAUAGGUAGGCACCUACUAUCGCGCGACACUGCGCCGCGGGCGGAGUCUAGAAUUUUAAUUUUGGAAAUUCAACUAAUUAUAUGAUAAUAUCGUUACGAACGCCGACCACGUGACCCCACGUGGGGGUAUAAUAUCGUUUUACUAUUGCACACGAGUCCGUCGUGAAAUAUUACCGACAGAUUAAACGAAUAUAAAUUACCAUAAAUAUUCUAAAAUCUAGGUGGCUCAUUUAAAUAUGUAUUCGAUAAAUAGAUCGUAAUCUAUUUGCUUUUUUUUUUAUAAUAUUGUUCUUUGUCAACUAAGGCCGUAAAUGGGGGGGGGUGGCAGUUCGUCCCCCCUUCCCCCCCCCGACAUUUUUUAUAGUUAAUACAUUUAUAAAGCAAUUGUAAAUACAAUAGAGGAAUUACAGUUGAAACGUGUUAUGGAAACGUCAUUUAAAGAUUUACAAUUUGGCAAAACUAUUAGGUAUAUAAUAGCGACUUUGCUAUAAGUAUUUGGUCACAGCAUCUAUACUUUUUAUCCAAACAUUACCACUGUGGUAAGAAUUUACAGUCUGUAAAUUGUGAUUUGACCUAAGCAAUGGAUUACGUUGAUACUGUGUUACACGAAAUACAUAUGAUAUGUAUGGCAUGCGAAGUAAUAUGGAUACUAUAUUUUCCAAGAUUUUUGAAAAAGCAAAAUCAGUAUAAAAUAAGUAUCAGUAGAUAGUGAAGAAGGUAUAAAAAUACCAAGACAACAAAAUCAUCCAUUAAAUGUCGUUACAAAUUCACCGGAAUACCGUAUAAUAAUAGCUAUUCCUUUUUGCGACGACUUCUUUGAACAACUUCAAGCAAGGUUUAAUAAACAUAAAAAACAAAUUUCUUCACUGCACAAGUUGUUACCAAAAAUAUACAACAAAUUUUAAAUAGAGACUUAAAUGCCAUAAAAACUAUCAAAAAUUCUCUGAAAAGAACCAAAAAUGUUUCUAUCGAAAAAAAAAUCAAAAAAAAAAGGAAAAUCAAAAUGGCCGAAAAGUUCCAAAGAAAAAAAUGCUCUAAAAACGGUAAAAACAAGCAAAUAAGCGUAAAACCAAUAUAAUUUAAAAUAACCUCUCUCCCCUCUCCUCAGGAAAAAAAUGCAUUGCAUUGAAAUCCGGGCUAUAUAUUUUAGAACUAUUUUAGCGACAGUCCAUCAUUACUAGGUAUACAGAGUGUCCCACGAAGAUAAACUCAUUGCAUUAUUUCCAGAGAUUAUAAAAAUAAUUUUUAUAUAUAAUUAUUAUCGAAUUCUGUUUUUUUUUUUUUUUUUAUAUUACUCACUGGGAUAAGGACUAGAAAUAUUUAUAUUGUAGUUAAUUUUUUAUGUUUUUCCAAAAAAAUUGAAAAAAUAACUUUAUUUUAUUAUAUUUGAAAAAGCCACUUUAUAAAGUUUAUAUUCUCCUGGAAAUUCUGACGAAUCAACUUUUUAUUUAUAUUAAAUUCGUGGUUUUUAAUCGUUUUUUAAAGUUCAGGGAAAAAAAGCGUACAGUCAAUUAAUCGUAAUGAUUAUAAUCAAUUAGGUAAUGCGAUUACAGCCUGUUGCAUAGUUAUAUGUACUUUUCUGUAAGCUUUAAAAAAUUAUUAAAAAUCACGAAUUUGAUGAAAAUAAAAAGUCGAUGCAUCAAAAUUUUUAGAAAAAUAAACUCUAUAGAAUGGCUGCGUUCGCAUUGUUUCAAAAAAAUUAAAAUUAAAUGUUAUUUUUCAAAGCUUUUUUUUAUCAAAGGCACACAAAAUCGAACGCAACAUAAAUAUUUGCAUUCCUUAUGCCCGUGAGCAAUGUAAAUUCCAGAAUUUUGAUUGUCUUUAUUAUCUCCGGAGAUAUUGCAAUGGGCGUGUCUUCGCGGGACGCCCCGUACGUGCACGAUAACAGUGAGCAACAACAGCGUGCGGACCGGGGAAAUUCGCGCCGGGUGAAAAAACGAACCGCGCAUAGACACGGCGGUAUUUUCGAUUUUCAAGCACCCGCGUGUACGUUCGGGGGCACACGAAAGUACCGAGAUGACGUGAACCGCCGGAUUUACGUGGCCGCAUGUUCAGCGUGAGACGGCCGCACGUCAAUGUUUAGUGUCGCGUCGUGCGGCCCGUUUCCGACCGACAGGCCAACUAUGUGCCGGCUAUCCACAGCAGUGCGAUACAGCAAACCGUAUUUCAUACGGCCGCAUCGUCACCGACGCAAAGACGUUGUAAUAACGUUAUUGUACAGAUACAUACGCACACACGCACAACACGUGCAUUUUAUAUACACUGUCCUUGGUCCUGGCCGAUCGAGGAAUUCUCGGUAGCGCGAUAGUGCGUAGGCUGCCGCGCAUUAGCUGACAAGAAUAUUGUCGCGAAUCUUCUUCGAGAGGUUUUUUUUUUUUUUUUUUUUUAUGUAUUCCACACCGCUAUCUAUUAUAGAAAAACUAAAUAUUAAAAAAAAUACGUAAGAAAAAAAAAUAAAAAAAAAACGAUUGUAUUAUAUUGUACCGCUUUUCGACGCCGCCGCGCAUUCGUACCGUGUGGCAAUAUACUCAAUACUCAUAGUAUUACGUCGAGAGUGCACGCGCGAGUAGUUCUUACCUCUGUGUUUUUCUUCUUCUACUUUUUUUUUUUUUCUUUUUAACGGAGUUCGUUUUAAUGCGACACAUAAAACGGAAUGCGCCGAGCGCAAGUAGAGAGCGAGAAAAACAGCGCGUCCCGGCAUAUAUUACAUCCGAAUAGGUAAUACAAAUUGUUUUCGUAUUUAAACAAAUCGUAACGAUACAGAGACGUACGAAUUAAUUGAAUUAAUAUGAUUUCGAUAAACCGCCAACGCGUAAAACGGUCAACAAUUAAUUAAGCCGUUUCUUCGUGAACGUCCGCUACCGCGUCCAUUUUCCCGUACAUUGCAAGAAAAAAAAAGCUCCGAUAAUAAAAAAUAAAAAAAAAUCCCGAUUUCCCCCUCCCCUUAUCGUUCAGUUUUACCCCGGUCGUUCGCACGCCUAUUGGUGAUAGCGUAUUCCCUACAUGAAAUAUUUUAUUUUUAUAGCGCUUCCUCCAUACGCGUUAGCUCCCUGAUAUCUUGCACGGGCACUAGCGCCUAUAAUAUUUCCGUCGUACAAAACAUUCCUCGAUGAUCGACAGUGUUAUCACGCCUACAGCUGUCGUUGGCUAUUGCUUACUAUUCCAUAAUAUCACAGCCCAUUCAAAUUUAGUUAACGGUCUAUCGAACAUUCGAACAAUAUUCUACUAUACGGGGCCAGCAAAAUCUUUGUCCGAUGGGUGUUCGAUGCACUCCGCCGUGUAGAUAUGUGUCCGUUUAGAAUGUUUAGGCACAGGCAAAUUAUGAUAUCCGUCGACAUUGGCGUUGUAUUUUAUUCGCUGAAUUCGCGUACAUUUUAAGCGCGCGAAACCGAAUGACUGUAAUAAAUAAGUACCUAACAUUAACGGUAUCCUGUAUAUUUUUUAGGGGCCAAUUCGCUUCGGUCCGUCGAUGCACUUCGAUCGAAACGGGAGAAGUGUUCGCCGCCAAGUUUUCCAACCGCACGAGAUUCGGCGAGGAUUGCAGUCCCGAUAUUCACCACGAAAUAGCAUUGCUAUCGCUGUGCUCGCCGUCGCCACGGAUAACCAAAUUGCACGACGUGUUUCAAACGCCCAAACAGUUGAUAAUCGUCAUGGAAUAGUACGUGUUAUGUUGAUAUACGAUAAUAUACCUGGCUAGAGUUUUAGUUUUCAUUCGGUUUAGGUUCUACGUCAAAAUAUCUCCAAUACAAAUUGUUUCAGUAAAAUUAUCUUCAAUAAGAAAAAUAUACAUAAAAGAAGAAAAAAUGUUUUUUAUUGUAAUCCGACCAAAAAAGUACUAUUACGUUUUUAAAACUAAAUUAAACAAACAAAUAUAAAAAUAUAUUAUUUUUCAUUCAAUCUCUCGUCUAAACUGUUAUCGAUUAUAAUCGAAUUAAAUUAUCUGUAUUGGUAAGCGGGCCAUGGCAUAGACGGAAGUACAAAGUAGUAAGUACAAUCAUUGUCAUUAUCUCUGUCAGUUACCUAAAGAAGAAACCGAUUCAAUAAAUAACUGAGAAAAUAAUCCAUAAUAACCGACAAAUAGUGUUAUACUUUAAUCACAAAAUGUUAACUUUAUUUAUAUUUUAAAAAUUAAUGUAAUAUUUUUAGGACGAUAUUUUUACAGGAGAUAUUUACUGGAGAUAUUUUGACGGAUAACCAUUUUAAGCUAAUGUUGAAAAUUUAAUACUAUCAAAUUUCCAUUCAAUAGAAUCAAUUUUGUACUAUUAGUUUUAAUAUUAAAAUAAAUCGGCCUAAUAUCAAAGUUCAAAUUAAGAACAUUCUGUGUUUUUGCGUUAGUUUUUUUCCGAUAUUUUAAUUUCUAAGCGAAAUACGAAGAUUUUUAAAUUGAAAUACUUCGCAUGCAUAUAUCUUAACUUAAAAAUCUAAAUGUCGGAAAAAAUCAAUGUACAAAGACAUAAGAUAUUCUAUUACGUUUAAGUUGGAUAUUAGACUGAUUAAUUUUAAUGAUAAAACUAACGGCAUAAAAUCGGUUUUACGGAACGAAAAGUUAACAUUCUCCAAUUUUCAACAACAGCCGUAAACAUAAAAGUAUCGUUAUAUUUAUAUUGCGAUACUAUAGUGUGACGAAAAUGUUACAAUAUAAGGAUUUCCUAUAAUAUUGUACGUUUUACAGCGCUCCGGGAGGCGAUCUACAGAAAGUCAUCGACGACGAUAACGUGCCGUUUGAGGCCGACGUGGUGAAGUUCAUACAUCAUGUGGUUGAAGGUUUGGCGUACAUGCACCAGCGAAAAAUCGCUCACCUAGACAUUAAAGUGAGUUUCGUGCCUGGUCUACCACCAGCUAUAUACAUAGGUAUACCUAUACCGAGCGUGUCAAGGUUUUUUCCAUUUUUUCCAUUUUUUUUUUUAUUUUUUUUUUAAUCCCGUAAAUAUAAUAUUAUAAAAAAGCCGCUUAUAUAUUACUAGCUUUUCAUACUAUAUCGGUGACACGUUGGUUUCCUGGAACUGUCCGGGUCCAAAUGCGGCAUCAUGUACGUGUGUGUGUACAAAAAAAAAACCAUUAGACACGCCACCCACGAUCGAACGAACGGACAUCACGAUCUAGACUCUACUAUACAGAUAUAGUGAUCGAUAUCCGAUACACGCAUAGUAUAAUAUAGUCCUGGAUCGCAUCAAGGACCAACCCCGGAUCGGUAUUAGUAAAUCCACAAUACCGUCCAUUAAUUUCGUAUUAACAUUAUACUGCACUAGCUGUCUCGCGUCCAUUGUUAAGACCGGGUAUGCUAAUGGACGAUAUAAUAAUAUAAUAUAAUACAUAUAGGUACCUAAUUCGUGACCGACUUCGAAAAAAUUUAGCAUAUUAACAAACACGUGCGUGGCGGCGAUAUUGAUUUAUACUGAAUAUUAUAAUAUUGUAUACACCAUUACACCGUUUUGUACGGAUUAUUUAAAUGUAAAUGUAUCUACAACGUUAUUAUAAUAUUAUAUUGUGGUUCUGGUGUUUACAGCCUCAAAAUUUGGUGCUGAUGGGUGCGUUUCCCACGUGCGACGUGAAACUAUGCGAUUUCGAAAUAUCACGCGUGAUCCUGGAGGGUACCGAAAUCCGAGAAAUACUGGGCACGCCCGAUUACGUGGGUAAGUAAUAGCGAAUGCGAUGUUUAAAAAAAUAAAACCGUGUCACGUACGAUUUUAGUGUCUAUACGAUAAUAUGUUUGUUGGUUUUACGACUAUAAUCAAAAAAUGUUAUUUGUAUUAUAUUAUAGCUCCGGAGAUACUUCACUACGAACCGAUCACGUUGGCCGCGGACAUGUGGUGAGUAAAUUAGAUUUUUCGUAUUAUCAAACAGGUGCCUUCAAACUGUCUAUAUACAUCAUAUUAUUUAGAAUUCAUGAUAAAACGAUUCAUUAACGCGCUACAGCGAUACGUUCACAAAGUAUAUUAAAUCUCGACGAACUGGUUUUUUAAUUUACUAUAGCUAAGUAGAGUGCAAUAGUGAAUCUAAAAACUCAAUACUGAACUGUCUAUACACUAUCCCUAACAACUCUUGUUUUAAAAUACAAUUUUUUUUUAUAAAUUUCAACGUUAGAUCGAAUCAAACGUUUUACACAUAUGUUUAUAAAAAUUAUCAACCUAAAGUACAUAAACACGAGUACAAAGGUAGGUAUACAAUAUACCUACACUCGUAAUCCACUCUCUCGAUCUAUGUAUCGAUCUAUAUCUAAUAUAAGCGGCAUUCCACUGACACCAUGUGCCGUGCAUACCGUGUGUAUCGUGUAAUAUCUAACAAUAUAAAUGGAUAUAUGAGUAAUAUCAUAACCGUAAUUCGGAUACCACGAUAAUCCACAUUAACACUUAUUACCAUAAAGUUGAAAAUAUUCAACUAUUCGCCGUGUAGUUAUAAUUGAUUGCCAUGGUACUCAUGGCAAUCAAUUACGACCAUAUUCGCGUAUUCGUUUUUUCGUACUUUCGUUUUUUUUAAUAAUAUAACAAAAUUUUCUACCUCAUUUUGUAAAUUUUUUUCGUGUUUCAUACUUUUGUAUAGUUUUUUUUUUUUCAUACACCGUGCAAUUUAAUCAUCCAUGGCUGUUUUUAUAAGUAAUUUGUUUAGUAGUUAUUAUUAUAAUACAAUCAAUAAAAAUAUAAAACUAUUAUUUUCGGACUUAAUUUCGUAUUUCGAAUUAAUCAGUUAUCCGCUAUCAACAUAUAAUUUGUUUUUUUUUUUUUAUCAAAGGUCCAAUUUAGUUAGGUAAUCACAUAUUGCGGUAAUUCGGUGAAAUAUCGUUAAAUAUUACGCGGUCCUCACGGUUUCUGUGGAUCGCCGCCUUUCUUCUCGUUUAAUAUUAGAACACUUGAACCUAGGAACUUAUAGUAUUCCGUAGCUUAGUUAAUCGAUUCACUAUUCGCUUAUACAUAGGUCACUGGGCGUGACAACGUACGCUUUGUUAACGGGGUUCAGUCCGUUUGGCGGCGACACGGACCAAGAGACGUUCUGCAACAUAUCUAACGCCGACAUCGAUUUCCCCGACGAACUUUUUGAAGACGUGUCGGAGGAAGCGGUGGAUUUUAUCCGAAAACUGUUGGUGAAAGACCCCCGGGAGAGACUGACGGCCAAAGAGUGUCUGAAACACCCGUGGCUUGCCAACUUGAGGAAGUCGUCAUCGCAACAGCUCCAUCAAUCACAGCAUCACCAACAGCAACCGACCACCAAGCGAACGGGAUGUAACACGUGCGCCGGCGGACCUCCACCACCACCUCCAGUAAUGAAACGUGUUGGCAGCUUGCAACAGUCGUACCUGUCAAAGUCCCGGGAGGCGCUUUUUGAGAGAAUUGUGUCCAAGCAUAUCACGCGGCUGGACGACAUGAAACGGUCAGCGAUGCUGCACGAGUCACAGUACGCGUCCAACAGGAUGUGUGAGAGUCACACGUCGUUGGUGUCUCGGUCCCGUCGGGGAACCCGGACAUUCAGCAAGUCCAAGGAGAAGCUGUAUGGGCUGAAAAGCCUGUCCCGGUCCCAGGACGUGCUAGACAAGUGCAAGAGCAUCAAAGACCUCAGUGAAAUGGACAAAAUCGCCACCGUCGGCAGUCUGCUGAUGAGCCUGACCGGCGUGUCCACACUGCCGAACUCACUGUGCUCGUCCACCGCCAACAUAUCCGUGUCCCAGAGUUAUAUUUCCGAAGAUCGACCAAUUACGACGGCGACGUCCUUUGAAGAUGACAAAGAAAACGUGGUGAGAAACGGUGAUAGUGACGUGACCACGGUAACCAACGUCGUACAACCAAUUCGAUCCGAUUCGCCGACCGAAAGUAACACGAGUGGCACCAGCAGCGUAGAACACUUUUACCACUCCGAUGAGGAACCCAGGUAAUAAUAAAGUAACCAUAAUGGUUAGCGAUAACUAAUAAUAUAUUCAGGGGGCUAAAAAAAGAAUAUUGAAUACAAUUGUAAACAAAAAUCAUUUCGCGCGGGGAAGAACGUGUUCUUAAAUCGUAAUUAUUAGGAAACUAAAUUAACCUCGCAAUAACGUUUUAAAUUAUGGUAGUUGUGAUAUCUCAAAAAAUACUAAAAAGUUAUUGUUGUUUAUUAAUCUGAUAUUUUUGAAAUGUUCAUGAUAAGUCGGUGUAAAUAAAACUUAUGAUAAUGAUUGAAAGUGAAUAUGAAAAUUAUCGAGUUAAUACAUAAUUUUUUCGAAUAUGUCAUCAAAAUUGCUUAUAUGGAACCCCUUAAGUCCGUGGUUUGAUAAAAAUCGAGGGAGCCAAUAGUAUGUAUUACGUAUAAUAUUUAAACGUAAUUAUAUGCAUUAUCAUUAUUCAUCGAAAAUAAUGUUUUUUAUUUUUACUACGCAUCUGUGAAAACACAAAUUUCGAUUUAUCGACAAUAUGAUAAAACAAAACCCGAAAAUAACAGAAUAUUAUUAAAAUAGCAAUGUAAAAUUAUUUUAGACCUGUUAUUAACGUGUUUAAAAAACAAACAGACAUACUUCGCACGAUGGGUGAGUACUUAACUGAUUUUACUUAUAAAAUGCUACGUUAUCAGCGAGUAUUAUGGGUUUUGUUUUAUUUUCAAAACAGUUAGAGAUCCCUACGAAAAUUGUAUUAAUGUAACCGAAGGUAUCAAAAAUAAUGUACCACAUGUUUAUAGUACUCAUAUUUAUUCAUGGGUCACCUUGUUGAUACUACGGAUAACGGAUUGGUAUUAAAGUACAUGAAAACUAUUAUCUAUGUGUAUAUAUAUAUAUAUAUAUAGAAAUAGAUGAAUGUUUGCCUGACAAUAAUAGACCCAAAAACUACUGAAGCGAUUUUAACGCGGUUUUUCGAAAAGUGUCUGCGUUGUCCGGAGAAGGUUUAUAGCUAUUGAAGUAACUGUCAAUAGAUCUGCUGAAACAUUUGAAGAUCAAGACGCACGAUAUGAAGCUGAUCGAACAAGAGCCUCUACUUUAGUGAGAAUUGAUCUCAAAACAGCGGAAUUCAAUUAUUACGAUAAAAACUACAAUUACAGAAUCCAUCGCCAUGUCCUAACUGACUGACUGACUAACUGACUGAUUCAUCAUCGCCUAGUCCGAACCACUGGACGAAUCGAGCUGAAACUUGACACAUAAAUAGCUAUUAUGACGAAGGCAUCCGCUAAAAAAGAAGUUUUAAAAAUUAAACCUCUAAAGAGGUAAAAUAAGGGUUUCUAGGUAUUUUUGAUACGAAUAUUUAAUUGUUUAAUUAUUUAAUUUUGUUUAUUCGUGGGUUACCUUGGUGAUGUGGAUGGCAAUUUGAUUGUCAUGAACAAGAAAACUAUUAUUAUUAUUAUUAUUUACUAUUUACUGUUAUUUGAAAAUCAAAAGUGAUACUCAUUUAAGGUAUAUGGUAUUUGAAAGUUUGAAAAUUAUCUUGUUAUUUAAACGAUUUAAUAAUGAUUGAAAAAAAAAAAAAAUCAAAUUCACUUAAUAUCAUCAUGAUUUUUCUUUUAGAAAUCUUACUCCAAUCAAAAAUUAUAAAGGAACUUUCUUGUAGAAUUUUUGGUCUUCUUGGAACAUUGAAAGUAAUUUUUUGAUUUUUUUUUUUUUUUCUAGUUUUCUUAAUAAAUGGGAGAAAUUGUAAUGUUUUGUGUAACUUGUGAGACCUUUGCGACAAGGGACAAAAUAAAACUAAUAAUACUUUGCUCAAAAUUGUUUUUUUUCGUCGCCAAUGGUUUAUCAUUGCGUACAGAUAUAAAUUAAAUUACUCUAAAUAUCCUCCCUUCCAACUUCUCUCCUAAAACAGAGUCAUACCCGUCACUAGUAUCAGCCUUUUUUUUUUUUUUUUUUCGUUACUUUUAUAUUAAUAUUUAUUUAUUUAUUGCAUUAUAAUAUAAUAAUAUUCAAACUCGCGUAAUUUACAAUUAUUAAGUUUCCCUGAAAAUAUUCUUGCGAAGCAUAUUCCUCCUAUAUUAUGGAGAUGGAAUAUUUUUGUUCGACUCCUACGAGAGUUCGCAUAAAUUAGCGUAAGAAAUCCACUCUAUUAACGGCCCACAGGCUGACUCCCGUCGACGUGUAGUCGUCCGAACCGUACCGACGGACAGAUAUAUAGAAUCUGAUGUCGAGAGCCGGUUAUCGCCACGUAAAACGAUUUUUUUCGCACCCAUGUGCUUUACAGGUAGGUAUAUUAUGUAGGUGUUUUCACCGGAGGGUUGUAACUUGUAAGAAAAAUAUAGGUAUUAUUAAGUUUUUUUUUUUUUUUGUCCGGACGGUAACAUAUUCUCUUGAAUUCGUUCGGCCGAGUCGCUAACGCGAGUGGGUAUAGGUAUAGACGGUAAGUCAAUAUAACAUUAUUAUGGCGAGAUUUUUGCGUAAAUUUAAUAACGACACCAAAACCGUGAAAGCAAAUUAUUAUAUAGAGCUGCACUUUGUGUGCGAAAACCGCGACAGUAUCAAAUAUUUUUUACGCGUAUACAAUAUCAGCAAAACAAUUGAUUUGAUUUAGUCGAUUUACACCAACGAAAAAUUCGCAUUCGGUAAAAAGUUAACGCGCAAUGAAUUGAAAUGAAGUUGUUAAAAUGCAAACAAACGUGUUAGAUUAGAUUUAGUUUUUUUUCUUUUAGUAAAAUUGUAUUUUAUUGUACAGUUAAAAAAGAUACAUGUUAUAAACUUAAUACUAACUUUUUAACUUGUUAACGUCCACCAUUGUUUUGUAACGCAUUGAAUCUUUUGUAUUAAAUUGAACAUUUGGUAAGAUAUUAUUAUGAUGUUUGAUGACGACUGCUUGAGUUUUUUAAAUGUUGCAAUUAUUUGUUUUUUUUAUUAGCAAUAAAAUAGUGUACAAUAGUGUAAUAAAUUAUUACACUAUAUUACAAAUAUUUUUUUUAAUUUUCAUACCACUUUUUGGUCAUCUAAAAAAUUUACCAUAUAAAAAGAAUACUUUUAUCAACUGAACCGUUAAAACUUAAUGAUAAUUGAUUUUAAAUUUUCUUCGAGGCUCUCAAACAAUCAUUUAGAGCAAAUUUUCAAGGUGUCUCAACAAUAUUAUAGAUUCUGAACAGAGCGAAGAAUGUAUUGGUUUUACAAUGAUGUUCCUUCAGAAAAGGUGCAACGCUUGAAAAUUGAAACAAAAUUUCUGGUUGAAAAGUUGUACACAAAAAAAAAAAAGAUAACAAAAAAUAAACCUCAUUUUAAAACCAAUACAUUUCACGCUUAAUUAGAAUUUAGAAGAUUAAACAAUUUCAAACAGUUAUAAAAAAAUCAAAAAUCAUCAAAAUAUUAGUAAAACGGUAUCACUUCUAUAGAAAAAACUAGUAAUGCUAAUAAUAUAUGAACGGAUAAUCAAAAAAUUACCGACCAAAGAAAAUUCGUUAUCAGGUAUCACUCCUAAGGUCAACGGUCACGGAGAAAAAUAGAAAUAGAAAAUAGAAAAUUCCAAUAGAAAAUCUGUUCACAGACAUAAAAAAGCACACAAAAACUAAAAUAUAUAUCAUCCAUGUUUUUUUUUUCAAAUCCGAUAUUCGACCCAACAUUUUCGGGAAAAUAAACGUCUAAAAUAUCUCUGGAAUAUUAAAAAGCGUUUAAAAAAAUCGGCUUUACAAUUGAUAUAUCGAUUAAUUCUAAUAUCGACGCGUAGUUAUCGAUUUUAAAUACCAAAUCGGUAACAAUAAUAUUGGAAUGUCGAAAGUCAUAUCGGCUCACCACUACAAUAUUGUUAGACACAGGCGUAACUAGGGGAGAGACACUAAGGGGGCUAUAGCCCCCACGCGUGGAUCAUGUUUAUGUACAUAAGGUUUAGUAUACUAUUUUACGGUUUAAGCGUCAACUACGUUUCUAUUUAAUCCUUUUGCUCCUAAAAGAACAAUUUCUCAACUGAACCAUAUAAAAGCGUAUUUAAGAAUAAGGUGCGUUAUGCCAGAAAAUAGACUCAAUAAAAUUGAUGUAAUUACUGGAAUUAAAAUUAUCCUAGAAAAAAACAGCUGUAUGGUAAUAUAUACAUAAUUACAAGUUAUGCCAAGAAACAUCAGGUCCGUAGCCAUCAGGGAGGGCAAACCAAAUUUUAAAAUUUUAGGGGGGACAUUAGAAAAAGAACAAUAUUAACCACAUAAACAAAUCUAAUACUUGUUGGGGGGGAGUAACGAUUAGGUCCUAGGGGGAGGGAGGAAUCUCUCCUAGACCCUAGGCCCCGUGGCCACGAGUCUGAGACACAUAUUGCCUGUUUUAUUCUUAUUCGGUGUGUUAAAUUGUUUUUGUAUACAUUUUCGUUUAAAAAUUAAAGUAUUACAUUAAAAUGUUUGUUGGCGAAAACACUUUUAUAAUUUUUUUUUUCUCCAUUUCGGAGGGGCUAGGGUCUAAACUCCCCGUCUCAUUUUAUCUUCGGUCAUGUCUCGAGCAAAAACGCAUUUAGUCACAGUCAAAGUCCUGACUGCGCCGCUGUUAUUAGAUAGUAUACAUUAUACACUGUGUAUUAUAAUUUAUACGCAUUUCGGAACGGUCGAUUAAAUUUUUUCAUUCAUCCACGCAGCGCGUCAUCUGAUUGAAAACAAGAUUGUAUACGAAAAUUGAAAUGCGCGCGUAUACAAACAAAAUCCGUACAUUUAUUAUCGACCCGGCGAAAUCGAUUUAUUUUCAAAUCAAUUUCACAACAGUAAACCGCGGUAAGUUUUAAUGCGUAUUUAUAGGUAUGCACGUAUUACCUACUUUCUAUAAAGCUAUAACAUUGAACUUCGUACGAGUAUAAUGUUAUACAUAAAAUACACGUUUUAAUUGAAAUAUUGAAACACUGCCGUCACCGUCCCACGCCAAACGUGUAUUAUUUUUUUAUUUUUUUCCUCGCCCCGUUUAAUUCGCGCACUCAUUACUAUAUAAUACUACUAAACGCUUUUAGUUAGGACACGUUAAACGCAGCAUUAUAUUGUAUAUACACUCACUAAAUAUACAUAAUAUACUGUACAGGCCACGCCACGUUUUUUUUUUUUUUUACAUACACAUAUACGUAUACGUAUAGUACACUCCGCGUUAAAUGAAAAUGUCAAGGACCCGAAUGAGCGCGCGUAGUUUAUAACGAGCUGCUGAUAAGUAAGCAAAAAAACUGAAAUUAGUUUGUUUUUCGUAUUGUAUACGCGCGUUUAACCGUAGGACGCAUCCGUGCAGGAUAUGAAAAUAAUGCACACUGCAGAGGCUCGCUAAAACAAUCAUCAAUUGGCGAACAUGUUACGUUAUACAUAUACGGUAAAAAUCGAAAAUGUUUAUUGAAUAAUAAUAAUGAAUCAAUGGUAAUUAUAAUUGUGCUCAAAUUAGUCAUUAUUAUAGUCAGUUUUAAGAAGAAAAAUCCUUAAACUGCCUAUAUAAAAAUGACAAAUUAUAAUUAUAUAUUUAAUUGUUAUUGUUAUAUCGCUCCUUUGGAGCAAGAACGUCACUACACGAAAUAGGUUUGUUGUUAUGAGUAAAACGAAUUUUAAACUUCAAAUAAAUUAUCCAGAGUGACAAUUUUUAAGACUGAUCACUGAAACUUACACGUUAUUUUGUUUUCGUUUCAUUUAUCUAUUUUAAAACUAUGCACAACGCAAUACUAAGACAACUUCCGAUUCUGAGAAUUAAAUGUAUAGUUAAGGCGGUUUUUCGUUACAAAUUCUAGUGGAACACUGUCCCAUGGGUUGAUUCAAGGUGGUAUUGCAUUUUACUAAAAAUUAGCCAUAAACAGAAACGUGCAAAACAGUCUUAAGUUUCGUCUUAAUUGUACACCAGCACUGAAAAAAAAGAUCUGGUGAGAUACAUAAGGUUAUUUUAUUAAUAUCUGUAAGCAACGAUAAACCAUUGCUUGACGAAAGACGAUUCUUAGCGCAGUUCAGUAAUAUAUAAUUUAAUGUGCCGUAAUUUUUCUUCUUGCGAUUUUUGUUUAAAUUUAAUUUAAAAAAAAAGUCGUUCGAUGAUUUUAGAAAUUUUACCACGUCUAGGUAAGUUCAAUAUAAGUGUUAUUACCAAGUUUCAAGUCUCUACAUGUAUUUAUAACCGAAUAACAGCAAAAAUACUUUGAAUUGACGAUGAUACCGUAGAAAAGUAAAUCAAAAAAGCAAUAAAAAAGGUAUCGUGAGAUUUUUCGAUUAAAUUAUUUUUUUUGGUAGAAAACGUCGUCCGUGUUUUUAUAAAAUAAUGAAAUCGUGAAAUUGUACGCUUUCCUAUGUUUUUUCCCACUUAAGUGCUUCUAUUUAAAAAAUAGCGUCGAAAAUCAUGAAAAUAACUUCUUUAAAGUACAGUCUAGACAACUUGAGCUUUCAGAAAAAUUGCUACACGUAAAAAUCGAAGCAAGUUUACUAGGAAAAAACGUGUCCACAGACUAGAACUAAGAACAAAGAACAAUGAAAAAAAAAAUAAACAUCUUAGUAAAACCAAUAGCUCCCUCGCUGCGCUCGGAAUCUAAAAUAACUGUAAAUCUCUAUAAAUGGCAAUUACGGAAGUUUUAAAUAUUAUUAAAAUAUAAUUUAUCACAAAGAAAUACAUCGAUAUUUAAUAAUAUGGCAGUGUUGUUUUCAUUAAAAUGAAUAAUAAUAAAGGAAUUGUAAUAUUUGAAUAAAAAAUCGAAACAUUCUAUACUGACACAAGUAUAUAUUUCUAGUUAGUUCAAGUAUAUUAACUAAUAUAUUAGUUGAUUUUAACAAAAUAUCCGGAUGUAAAAUGUAAAUGUAUAUAUUGAAAAAAGGAAAUGCUAAUCAGCCUACAGUUCUUCGGAAAAGUUUGAGCUAUUGAAAUAAUUAGUCACCAAUCACUUCAAGAUGAUCGAAAGCGGGUAGACUGAUAGGACAGUGAAAAAAACAAAAUCGAAGUGUCCGAAUUAAAAAAAAAAAACCGUCCACCCUUCCUCUUGAAUACAUCUUGAACGAUGAAAUCGCCUUCUUCAUAUGUCAUCUCAAAAACCCGACAUUAUAGCAUGAGUAAUUUAAAUUGAUUAAUUAAUUCAUUUAAUUUCCCCAAAACCGUGACAUCGGCAGUAACAAGGGUUGCGUAUAGGCAACUUUAACGACAUUUGUUGAAAAACUAAUAGAUUCGAUUCGACGAUAUUCAAAUGCAUUUUCAAACACUAAAGGUACUUGGUACUAUAAUGUGUUGGCUACAGUAGGGGAGUAUUACAAAAGGGGUUCCCUCACUACUGUAGGUUAUAACUUAAGGAUAGGUAUUAUUUCAUGUUCGGUCAUUUUUAUUGCAAUAAAACUUAAAUAUUUAAAUUUUAAGUCAUGGAAAAACAUCAUAUAUUUUCAAGGACAUGUACAGGAGGGUGGGAUUAGGAGUUCAACCUUCCCCCGAAAUUUUCAAAGUAGAUAUAUAUACAUAUAAUAAAAUUGUUUGCUGACGGUUUAAAAUUAUUCGUAGAGAUUCAUUUACUCUAAUUAAUGACUGCCUUGCCUAGUUCCUUCUACUUCAGGACUUAGAUGCGUCAGUCGCUCGGGCUUUAAUCAUUAGUUUAGUUUAAUAUUUCAAAGUGCCAUUUUAUGUCCUUUCGCAGAAUCAAAGUUCCCACUGCGUUUUAAUAAUAUAUUCUGUAUGAUUUCUUACGCACUGGUGCAGGUAGUACGGUGAUCUAGGUAUUACGUUUGAUCGAGAAAUAACUUUUCACGAUCAUCACGAGAAAUCUUGCUGUAAGGCUCUGAAAACACUUGGCUUUAUAAAAAGGGUCUCUAUUGAAUUUAAUUUGAUAUCACCACUGCUGUACACUGGAUGAUCAAUCUAUCAUGAGACACUCAUCAUCUCGGAAAGUUUUUAACUUUUUUCGACGUUUGUUUUAUAGGAAAUUUUAGAAACAAGCAGCUCUGACAUUUUAUAUUUAUGUUAUUUUUUCACCCCAAUUUUUGUGGGUGAAAGUACUAUCUACUUUUGAUUAUUAAAUAGCAACCUAUAUUCAAAAUUCAAUAGAAUAGACGGAGUAGUAGUUAAAAUAAACGAUGCUCUCAUUUGUGUGGCGGCACAACGCGCGGCGUUUUAAGAAUGCACCGCUACUCUCCCCCGAACAAAACUUAAAAAUGGAAUACCUCGGGCGGACAGGAUAAUUUGGUUUGGUCAGAUAUCAUAAUAUGACAUUAUCAGGUCGUGUGUAGACCUGAUCGUGUCUGUCGUCCGACUAAAAUUCUGUCGGGUUAUCAGGUGACCGUGCCAUUUGACCGCCCGACCAACUGACUAAAUCGGAUAGUGUGUAGCUGCCAAAUUGGACAUUCUUGAAAAAAAAAAAAAAAUCAUUUUCAUCCGGCUGAAAUGUUUUACGUUACCAUUAGAGUGAAAUCCGACGUUUUACAGUCGUUACUAUAUCAUUACAAUCAGUGUCGGCCCGACCGAAGUCGCGAACGCGACCGGGACCUCCAGUUGUAUUUGAGUCUGGAGGCCCCUCUACGAGCCCCGGAUUUAUAAAACAUCGUCAUUUAACUCAUUUUUGUGUAGAUUAAAUGCACAUAGUACCUAUUAUUUAGACUUCAGUUAAUUUUUACAGACCGUAGGAAAAUAACAAAAUAUAUUAAUUUAUUACGAUUAAUUACCGUCCGCCAGUGAUUAUAUUUAUAAACCAAUUACUGAAAACUGAUAUGACGCUAAAAAUUACUUUUUGCAAACAUAACAUACAUGUACGAAUAUGUAUCCGCGAAAUCCAUUGUUAUUUUUUAGAAAUAUUGUCGAACAAAAUACGUUCAUACGUAACAAUCCGCGGUCUUUGAAUUUUUCAUUUACGGGGCCCUUGAAAACAAAACGUUCCAGGAGCCCAGGGGUGUGCCAGGCCGACUGAUUACAAUAAUAAUUGUUUUCUGUUUGCUUGUAUAAUAGGUUUACGGUGGCGCAACUGGUAAAGGCGUUCGACACGCACCAGGAAGUGGUGACCAAACGGUCGCUGGAGGUCACCAUGAACCCGGUGACGGCCAAACACAGACCCGCCGGCACAGCGGCGAUAGACGACCCCCUCACCAGAACCGAAUUUCCGACGGGGCCCAACGCCCUCCGGCUGUUCAUACCGAACAUCGACAUCUGCGGGCCGGCCGGAUUCGCGGCCGCCGCUUCGAAGAGGACUCACGGUGCAGGAGUCGACGGCCGCGGCAGGGACGACGAGAGCGCCCGGAGUCCGAAUUCGGACGACUGCCGCAAAAGAUCCGUCGCAAACGAUCGCAUCGCCGCAGACAAAUGAAUACGAACAUUGCACCGUGUACAAGUUAUAAAAUAAAUUCCCUCCUCGGCUCCCAUGAAAUGUAUAUUUAUUAUUUUAUAUUUGAUAAAUUUUUAUAUUAAUAUUAAAUAUUUAACACGAUGUUAUAGGUAUUCUCUAUAAGAGUUGUUUUGAAUAUUGUACUACUCGUGACGCGAUAGGAUAUUAUUAUUAUUAUUAUUAUUAUUAUUAUUAUAUAUGUGCGCGAUAGUAUAUAAUUUUGUAUGAUAAGCACUCGCCAUUUGUGUUUCACUAGACGUUUCAGAUUUGGAGACGAGUUUUUUGGCACAUUUGACGAAAUAAAAGUAUUUACAAAAUAAAUGUAUCGUUAAUUAUCAACCUUUUUUUAAAAUUAUUUAUUCCACAAUAGAAAACACCUAAUAUGCGAAAAUAACGUAACAAUGUAAAACUUUCUACUAGGAACAAGUUAUUAAUUCUUAACAGCGCAAAAAUCAGGAGAAUUUCCCUAGCACAAUUUGUGGUAGUGCUAGUUAAACUCACAAAAAUAAUAAUUGGGGGGCCGCUGAUACGGGUGGUUAGUCAAAAGGUAGAAUAGAGUAGUUCAAUAAUUAAUCUUUAUAAUCACAAUGAUGAAUCGUUGCGAAGAAAAACCAACCAUGUUGAUUCUGACCGCGAAGUUUGUUUAUAAAUACUUUGAUAAAUUUC